CUUUAAGAGGCCGGGCAGAGCCUAGGAAGGCCGCCUGUUUUCUCCUCGUGUGAUGAGCUCACAGCACUCCUAGUGCCCGGGCAGGGAGGACGUACAGCGCUGAGUGCAGGAGCUUGCCAUCAAACAAACUGAGGGGGUACAGCUGGCACCCAAGGACAGCACCCCAUAAACAUAGAAUCACCUCCCCCAGCUAGUUGAAUAAGAAUGCAGGACUCUCCCAUGGUGUUGAGCAGGGGGCUGGCAUUGUCUAUCUGUCUGACACAUGUAUGUUUGGGGGACAGCAGCAGCGCUACUGGAUUACCUGCAAGGAAAACGCUAUAUUGACCUACUGUGCAGCUUGUGAGGGGCUGAGGGAGUGAACUUUCAAAGGGGAAUUCCCUGCUCUCAUUACCGGAUAAGGACUACCCUGUUCCUCUUAGGAGAUCAGAUAAGCAUGGUGUGCCAAGUUUGGGUACACUGGGAGCCUGGCAGACGUGAGGCCCGGCCACUGCACUAAACUGGAAUCCGGGGGUGCGGCACGAUUGGGGACAAUGAUAUUGUAACCACAAGGGAACAAAGGAAGGUGUCCAUAGCACGGCUCUAUUAUGCACUUGUGACAAAUUGCUACACUGUCGAGGUAACACAACUAUAUAUGACAUGAUCACAGGCAAGUGACUAUAUAACAUGACUGUGAUAACAUUUUGUUUUGUGUUUGGCAGGGUGAUAUUGAUAUGAUACAACGUGAUCCUCAUACUUGUUCUCUAGAACCCUUUUGUUCUCCUAUCAAGCUCUUGACAAUGCUAAAAUAAUGUAGAGGAGAACUGGAUCAUCUCUCCCAAGAUGGAGGUGAGAUCUGUGCCAUCGUCUAACUCUUUGCCUCUUGACCUCCCUGGCAUUAGUUCUGAAAUGCUAGGGGUGGCAGAGGAGGCAUUUAGAGCAGGUAACUUUGAACUUGCUGCAGAGAUCUAUGGCUCUCAAUUGGAUGAACUACCUCACCCUGAGAGGUCUCUUCAUGUAAGGAGAGGUGAUGCCUUGGCACUAGCUGGCAAAAUAGCUGAUGCCCUAAACGCUUACACUAAAGCAGCUAUGCUUGGCCGGCUUCAUCCUGAGGAACUUGGCGUGUUGGUAGAAAGUAUUGCCCUCAAUAUUCGAGAGAAAGAGCUCAAGUUGCCAUGUUUCCGAAGAAAAGAUGACCACGGUCCUAUUAAUGAAGCCUAUCAGGGUAUGCCAGUCCCAUGUGCUAUUAACAUCCCCGAAGAUCCUUCUGAAUCUUCACUUUCUUUAGACUUGUUCUCCUGCCCCAAAUGCAAGAUGCUUCUUUUGGACCCAGUUACCUUGAAUUGUGGGCACACUUUCUGCAAGAAAUGCUUAAGUGAAAAAGAAUCCAUUGAGUGCAGCAAUUGCCAUAGCAAACAUAGCAACAUAGCAGAGGGGCUUGGGAAGUCCUGUGAAGGGUUGAAAGUGAAUGUGGUUUUGGGGAAUUUAUUAGAGAAAUGGCUUGGUGAAGAAACCAGGAUCAGAAGGCUGUCUUUGGAAGGGGAGUCACUGCUUCAAAAUAACAAUUUCACUGGAGCAUUAGAGAAAUUUACCAAAGCCCUGGAAUUGGGUAAGUGACAUCACUUCACACAGUUUGUGGUGGCGUGUGUGUGUUUGUGUAUUGUUUUUUGGGGGGGGGCGGGGUUUCUUUCUUCAAGAUCACUAUUUUUUUAAAAAUCAGUGGUAAAUAAACCGGUUUAAGUCCAACACUUAUACAUCGAAAUGCUUGGUCUCUGGUAAGUAUACCAUAGACAGACUAAACUAAUAGCGCAAGAUGAGAAUUAAGUGAGUAUGAAAGAUUUUUAUAUCUGGUAGUGAUGCUAUCAUUUUCGAAUGAGUGUGUGUGAUGUCACCAUCAGCUUGAUUUGCUGGGGAAGUUAGUGAUCUGAAGAGGUGACAAUCACGAGUACAGUUCCCCUGUUAAGAUAACUAGCAAUGAACAUUUUAUAUGGAUGACAUUCUCUGUUCUUUUUCCAUUGAUUAAAUAACUUUAUAUUCAGAGAAUUCUAUGGGACGUACAGAGGAUAAUUGUCUGUCUACUGGAAUUGUAAUAUUUUACAUGAAGAUAUUUGUGUUUUUUUUUUUGUUUUUUUUUGUUAUGGUGCAGCGUUCUACUGAAAAUUAUUGCAGAUAUAACUUCAUAUUCAGAUAUGCUAUAUGAUAUAUAUCAGGGCUUGACAAAUAUGUUUGGAAUCUAGGAGCCAGCAAAAACAAAGUUAGGAGCAAAUUUUUUUAUUUUUUAUUAUUUAUUUUUUUUAACUAGGAAGUUUAAUUUACAAGGAGAAAUAUGCAAUUCUUAAAGGGACACUAUAGUCACCAGAACCACUACAGAUUAAUGUAGUUGUUCUGGUGCCUAUAGCCUUUUCAAUGUAAACUCUGCAUUUUCAGAGAAAUGGCAGUGUUUACAUUGCUGCCUAGUAAGACCUCCAGUGACAGUCAUUCAGGCGGCCACUAGAGUCCUGUGUCCGCAUGGAGGUGCUGAAUGUAAUCCAUAGAGAUCAUGCGCAAUAUUCUCCCAAUACUUUUCUAUGGGAAUGCAUUGGAUUAGCUGAGAUCAUAAAGAUUGAUGAACUCUGCUUUGGAGCUGGGACAUUGGCACGGUGUGGGGGAAAAAAUGUGAGUGAAAACACCUCUCAUGUGAUCGGAGGGUUGCAGUUACCUAAACAGACACACUCUCUCUGACACACACACGCGCUCACUGACACAUAUAUAUAUAUACAUAUACUCACAAAUUUUAAUUUUUUAUUUUUAUUUCAAUCCACCCAGCCUCCCUACCUUUGGGAGAGCUGAGUGGAUUUUUCCUUAGGUUCAGUGGGGCUGCUCUGCGUGCGAGGGACCCUGCAGCUCCUCUCUGCUCCCUGUAGUGAUGCCAGGGCCGGAAUGAUGUCAUAUUCCAGCUCCCAGCAUCACUAUACAGUGUGAGGGAGCAGAGAGGACCGGCAAGAAGAUCACUGCUCCCUUGCGUGCUGCCUCAACCUGUUCCCUACAUGGAUAUUUAUGAAUUAUGUUUACAUAAUUUUAUUAUUUUUCUUUAUAAUUUAAGAGACGUGUCGUACAACUCUGGCAUAAAGUCCAGAUAUUUAAUAUACAAUCCCUAUAUUUGAUCCUGUAACUUUCCAAAACACCAUAAAACCUGUACAUGGGGGGGGGAGUUACUGUUGUACUGGUGAAACAUGUGAGUGUUUUAGAGCAGUAAACCGUAUGGCGAUAUCAUCGGUGAAAGGGCAAUUAUUGAAAAAUGCAAAAAAAAAAAAACCCCAAUAUGAAUACUAACUUUGGCUAGGGUUUUUGACCAAGUGGCUACCAAAAAUGACUGGACAUACCCUAUUUUGAAUACCCUGGGUUCAAUACUUUUGCAAAUGAUAUGCCAUGGUGGGGGUAAUUCUCGUUUUUGGGCUACCAUAUGGUCUCAAAGACAACAUAAGUAAUCUGGCAAAAUUCAAUGUGAAAAAACUGAAACAGGUAAGUUCUUUACGUGACCUUGUAACUUUCCAAAACACCAUGAAACUUGUAUGUGGGGGCAUUGUUGUACCCUUGGGACAUCAUAGCAUUCAAAUGUGUUUUAUUGCAGUAAAAGCGAACACAAUUGUAAUAUUCACAGUUAAUAUGCCAUGCAGAAGUUAGAAAAUAACAUUUUAUAUUCUCACACUUUUUUUUUUUUUUAAACUUAUUUAAUUUUAUUAUUUUAAAAUUAUGUUCCCUAUAUACACAUUUUGUAUGAAAUGAAAGCCCUGUUCCUGCUUAAAUGAUAUAUAAGUGUGGGAACACUUCACAUGACAGAGAUAACUUAUGGUUAAACAGACCUCUUGUUCAAAUUCUAGGUUUUGUUUUGGUCAGAACGAAUACAAUUGCCACCAUCCUUAAAGUGUUAAAGGACUGCUUAUUUCUGAAACUCACUUUGGAUAGUUCAGUGGUUCCCAAACUUUUUAGGUUCAAGACACCUUUUAAUAUAUCAAUAUUUUUCCAAGGCACCCCAAGUUAAAAUAUUUCCUAGGUUUUAUGUAUGUACAUCGCAGCGGCAUAUACUGGGCCCCUGUUCAGCAGAAAUGCUUGCUGUUCAAGCGCAGAUCCAGAACCUAAUCUUGGGAGGGGCACUGGUAGAUUAUGUAAAGAAAGAAUCCAGGCACAAUUACCACUACAUCACCUUGUAGUGGUUAUGGUGGCAGUAGUGCCCUCCCUGAGUAAGUAGUCAAACUGUUUAAAGGACCACUAUAGUGCCAGGAAAACAUACUCGUUUUCCUGGCACUAUAGUGCCCUGAGGGUGCCCCCACCCUCCGGGUCCCCCUCCCGCCCGGCUCUGGGGAGAGGAAAGGGGUAAAACUUUUUUCUCUCCUCCUUCUCUCCUCCUCCGUUCCGCCCCGUCGGCUGAAUGUGCACGCGCGGCAAGAGCUGCGCGCGCAUUCAGCCGGUCGCAUAGGAAAGCAUUUACAAUGCUUUCCUAUGGACGCUGGCAUGCUCUCACUGUGAAAAUCACAGUGAGAAGCACGCAAGCGCCUCUAGUGGCUGUCAAUGAGACAGCCACUAGAGGCUUUGGGGGAAGGCUUAACCCAUUAAUAAACAUAGCAGUUUCUCUGAAACUGCUAUGUUUAUUAAAAAAAAAAGUGGGUUAACCCUAGCUGGACCUGGCACCCAGACCACUUCAUUAAGCUGAAGUGGUCUGGGUGCCUAGAGUGGUCAUUUAACAAUAGUUUGACAACUUACCUGGGAUCUGCCAGGAUAGGGGCUGUAGUAGGGAAUACAGGCAGUGAGUGUGGGGUGCAGUGAGUGUACGGGGAUGCAUUGUGUGUGUGAAGUGUGCAGUGUGUGUGUGUGUGUAUGUGGUGCAGUUUAUGCGUGAGAGGUACAGUGUGUGUGUGUGUGGGCAGGUUGUAUGAGGGGUACAGUUUGAGUAUGGAGGGGCUGUGUGUGUGUGUGUAUGGGGGAUUAUUUUUGUGUAUAGUGGAGUUAUUGUGGGUCUGUUAGGGUAGGAGGGCAGAUAAAUAUAUAAAUAUAUACUAUUUUUUUUUUUGUAUUACUUUUAUUGCUUACCUUUGCCUGGGAGGGGGGACAGUACAAGGCAAUCCCUGGUGGUCCAAGUGGUGAGAGUGAGCUCUAGCAGCCUCAGGAGCUGCUAGAGUUCACUCUCGCGAGAUUCAGAGCGUUGCUGUGGUAACCGUGGCAACGCUCCGAGUUCGUGAGAGGAGAACCUGGCGGAGCUGCAGGUUAGAGCUCACUCGGGUCCUCUCUCACUCCCUUCCUUCCCUGCCGGCUGCCAGUUGCCAGCAUUACAUUGCUAGGAGGCCAGAGAGGGAGAUCUCUGAUUUCCCCUUCAGUCCUGCAGAACCCAACAUGGAAGAGGGAGGCAUAGCAGCGGGAAAAUAUCUUGUGGUGCCGCGGCACACAGUUUGGGAACCACUGGUAUAGUUCCAUAAAACUCUUUCUGAAAUGGAUUGUAUACACGUCUUUACUCUCAUAUACUACAAUGACUUUUCAAAUUGAUACACCAUACAAAGUGGCACAGUUUAAAAAAAUAAAAAGUAGCUUUUUAACUAACUCUUACCUGCAUAUGUAUAUACUUUUACUUGUUUUUUUUGCCCCCUCCCCCCAUAUAGGUGGGUUUACAUUUUAAUGUUUCAUAUAAAAAAGCUUAGAUUUCAUAUAAAAAAAAAAACAACAAAACAAACUUCCACUGUGCAUUUUGUUUCUUGAGGAAGUGAGUGCUGAAUUUUAUUUGCAGUAAGUCCUAGUUUAUGGGAUAUCUUUAGCACUGCAAAUGAAUAGCCAUAAUUGCCUUAAGUGUUUUUCAAUGUCUCCCUUCCCACACAUAACAAAUUGAAGGAGUGUAACAGCACAGCAUGGCGGGUCCCUUUACUUUGUGUCAUUUUUAUUGGUGUUACUUUGUAAUAUACUUUAACCCACUGUUCCUAAUAACUGUAACUUCACAGUAAGAAGAUUGGCACAGGGCAUCUAGUCUCCUAUAUUAGUACCGUGGAGCCUCUGUAACAGUGACUGUACUAGCACAGUGCAGAUAAAUUCUACUCUUUGUUCAUGUCUGACUAAUACUAUUGCAAAAUUAGCAAACUGCACGUAUGCAGAAAGGGAAAAUCCGUAUAAUCUCCUCUGCUCAGUUUCAUGGAUCUCACUGGUAAUGAAUUGAAUAGUGCUUCUCGGGUAUCAAUUAGAAUACAAGAAACCCAAAAAGUAUGGAAUAUCCCCUAUUUGAAUCUUAUGCGUGUUGUCACAUUGUGACACUUUUUUUUUUUUCAACUUGCUGAAGUGCAUUAUAUGUCUGAAGUCUAUAAUUUGUCUACAGUUUUAAACAGUGCUAAUUUCAAUAGAAACUGGGGUCUAGACUGACAACAACCUUGGAGGUUUUCUUCCACUUCUGUUUACUCCACUGUGCUAACCAUCUUCCAUCCUUGUUGUAGUACAUCUCACUGAGAAACAUUGGAGUGCUGCAAUCAUGUGCACGCUCCCUGCUCUGGCCCAGGGGCUUCUUAAUGAGAAGCUUUUGAUUGGUCAAUUCCCUGGCAUAGACUGAACAUCUGUGCCUGGGAUAAUGGUGUGGGCUUACAAACUCUGUAUUGAGACAGCAGGUCUGAGUCUUGUACCUCCAAAGAAAAUGUGCAGGAAAAAAAAAUACAUGUACAUACAUGUUUUCUUUUGGGGAUAUAAAAAUAGUAAACUUGGUUUUGAGCCAGUUCGUCCAAAUUAAAUUGCUUCUAAAUGAUCACUAUAGGGUCAAGAAAACAAACAUGUAUUCCUAACCCUAUCGUGCUAAAGCCAACAGCUUGUCCCCCCCUAUAAAACUUAAAACUCACCUUAUUUCCAGUGCUGCGCGGGUCUGUCGGCACUGGCUCCGCCCCCUUUGUGAAAUAAUCGAAAUGGACAAUUUCUAGCCAGUUCAAUUGGCUAAAAUCAGCACGGGUUGGGCCAAAUGCCAUUUUGGCCAAUCAGGACCUCCUCAUAGAGAUGCAUUGAAUCAUGCAGAGCGUGGGGACGCUAAACUGCAGGGCUGCCUACUGUGCAGCCCUGAGCCAGGAAGCACAUCCAGUGGCCAUCUAAGGAGUGGCCACUUGGAGGUGUCCCUAGGGGCAAUGUAAACAUGAAAAUGCCUGAAGGGAGCUAUUAUACUCACCAGUUGUUAUGUAGUUGCUCUGGUGACCUAUAGUGUCUCUUUAAUGCCACUUGAACAAAUAGAUUUGUCCAGGAUUUAUCUGUGGAGUUCUAUAUAAUGAAUACGUUUCCACCAUUAACUCCUGGGUAAAUUGAUUUAAUCCGAUAUGGAAUUAAAGGAUCUUGAUUAGGACAACCCCCAAUUUAUAGUUGUCCUUUUCUUUUAGGGACCUUCUCAGGAACAUAACCAUUACAUCUUGGUGUAGUUGAUAUGUUGCCAUCCUUCCCCUCUUAUUUUUUUUUCUUCUUCUAAACUAUUUUUAUUAACGAUUUGACAAAAAUAUGGAACAAAAAUUUUCAAACUGUUUAGCAUCAACACAUCUUGCAAAAAGAGUAAGGAAUCCUGUAGCUCCCUGUGCUAGUAUUGUACAUGUGUUUAGGCCUGUGGUUUUUAAAGAAACACUAUAGGAAUACAAACAUGUAUUCCUGUCAAUAUACCUGUGAAAACAUAGUUUUGUCUCCUGACCUCCCCCCCCAACCACCCCGACAGCUAAGGGUAAAGGUGAAUUUACUUACCUCUUUUCCGGCGCAGUGCUGGUCUGUUGCAGCUGUCUCCGCCUCCUUGCCGGAGACCACCGACAAUUCAAUGCUUUCCCAUAGGAAAAACUUUUUCAGUACAUGGGUGUUCUUACCUUUCAUCCCCAAACUUUUUUUAUUGUAACAUUGUAAAUUAUAGGACAGCUGCAAACCAAUUUUUAUGCUGAAUUUUUUUUAUUUUUUUUUGCAAUUUGUUUAUAAUAAAUUAAAAAUAAACUUGUGCUCCAGAAUGGAGCAUCCUUUUUAGUAUCAAGUUGCUAUCUUUCAUUCUUUUUAUGCAACUCAUAAACAUCUCAUAGAUAUGGCUUGUUUUGAUCUUGUUUUUGAAAUGGCCUUGUGGAAAAUUGUGCAAAAAGUCACAUCCAUUAUAUAACAGCAGAUGUACGUCUAGAAGUUGAACUUUCAGCUAUAUCAUUCUGGUACAAUGAGAUAUUUUUACCUUUUACCUAGUUUAAAAGAUCACCUUAUUUUAAAAGUAAAUAUCUUUUAUCAAGUAAUUGUUUACAUUCUCUGUGGCCUACAUGCUAAACUUGUCAACUGUUUUGUUCAGUGUUGCAAUAAUCUGUCCAUAACAGAUGAAGUGUAAACAAACCAUGUAAGAUAUUGGUCCAUGCUCAAAAAUAAACUGUAUGGAAACAAACUUAAUUCACCUUUGUACUUGGACUCCAUCAUUAAGGCAGGAAAAUAACUGGUUCAUUUAUCAUAUGUCGUGUUUUUUGUACGGGGUUGUUUUAUUUUUUCCCCAUUAUCCCAUUGUACAUUCUGCGGAAUUUGUUGGCACUAUCUAAAUAAUAUGAGAAUUUUUUUAUAUAUUGUAAAUAAUAUUGAUUUAAAGUUUUUCUGUAACAUGCUAUUAGAUGUACACCUCAGAUUGAAUAUUUAUAAUUUAAAAAAAACAAAAACCUUUUUUAACAAAUGCAACUCAAAGCAUUUUAUAUGGCAAAUGCUCUGAUUUAAUCAUAUUGGCUGCUGAUUAGAGGAACACUCAAAGCACCACUACAGACACUAGAUUAUGUACAAUUUACAUAAUCUACACCCCCACCUCUUUUGGAUCCGAAAGGAGUUUGUUACGUCCAGUGAGUGUAGACCUCCAUACAGGGAGGCUCGAUGGUGGACAGCAUCCAUUGGCUGAGUGCGUCUAUUGACAUGCUCAUCCAAUAAAUACCAUUUAUUAUGGAAGUAUAUAUAAACAAGGGGGGGUUGGCUACACUUACCUGAACAUGCAUAAAUGGGGUGCUGCUGGGGGCCAAAUUAUACAAUACACAAGAUCCAGCGCACUCAUCUAUCCACUAAACAGCAAUGUUGAAAGAUUUUUUUUUUUUUUUUUUUUAAACACCUAAUCUAGGCAAAAAUAAUGGGGGUUUAGUUAAAUUGCAUAAGCCUGCCACAACGUCAAUGUACCCCAUCUUUGGCAGGUCCUACACUAACGCCUAAUGUCUGCUCUUAUGAGAUUAACCCACUUACUUGGAGAAAAAAUUCCAUCUGGGACUCUCUGCAGUACAGGGAGGGGUGCAAUGUAUGAUCAUAUAAUGUAACUAAACCCCCAUUAAUUUUGCCUAGAUUAGGUGUUUAAAAAAAAAAACAAAAAAAAAAAAAUCUUUCAACAUUGAAGUUGCUGUUUAGUGGAUAGGUGAGUGCGCUAAUUUGGCCCCCAGCAGCACCCCCAUUUAUGCAUGUUCAGGUGAGUGUAGCCACCCCCCUCCCCUGUUAUAUAUUAUGAGUCUAGCCAACUCCUUGGUUUUGCACCCCUCCCUGUCACUAACAGACAUUAGGCUGUUAGUGUAGGCCUGUCAAAGAUGGGGUACAUUGAUGUUGUGGCAGGCUUAUGUAAUGUAUUAUCAUAUAAUGUAACUAAACCCUCAUUAUUUUUGCCUAGAUUUAGUGUUUUUUUAAAAAAAAACAAUCUUUCAACAUUGAAGGGCAUGUUGGUACCACAACCUCUUCUUCUAGGUCAAGAUACAAAACCGGUUCUUUUCCUAAUUUAGGUUCCUGCUUUCUCUAGUGCAUUCCAAGUGUAGUUUUUACAAUUGAAGAAAGGAUUACCAAGUUACUGCCACUAACCUGUGCAUUUUAGAUUGCUAUUAAGAAUCAGUGCAGUAAGUAAUACCUGGUUCUGCACUGACUGAUGCAUAAUAACGAGAUACUAAACCGCUAGUCUCAUUGUUUUGUGAAUGUCACCACUUGCUCUACUACACAGGUAACAUUCCUUUCUAAAUACAGAUUCAUCGAACAUUGCCCUCAGUUCUUGGAUAUGAAGAUUUGAAGCCAAGGCUCAUGCUUCAGGUUUUAUUUGUCAAAACAUUUUGUUUUUAUCAAAUCAUGUAAAUUUCCAACUUGGGCACUGGUGAUUUAUUAUUAUUAUUAUUAUUAUUAUUAUUUAUAUAGCGCCAGCAAAUUCCAUAGCGCUGUACAAUGAGAUUUGUAAAUAAAUGCUGCUCGAUUACUUGUGUAUUUUGGUAGGUUUACAAAGCUCUUCUGUCUACCUUCAGAGAGAACUUGCCACCGUUAGAUUGUUUUUUGUUUGUUUUUUUUCAAAGAAAGACUUUAACGGAUUACCCACAUCCUCUUUUGGAUAUGUGUGUAUAUUGGAUUUGUCGCGUUAGACUAGUAGACAAGGUGCUAAAAUACCAAAAUAUUGCAGUAUGCAAUGAUGAUUGUGUGUUUUUUUUUUUUUUUUGUUUUUUUUUUUAUUGGACUAACAUAAUAUUUAAAAGACAAGGUUUCAAAGGUUUUCCCUCUCUUCCUCUGGUCUGAAGCAAUACUAUAUAUAAAUAAUUUAUAUAUCAUUUCCAAUUUCCUAUUGUUGUGUUGGGCAUUCGCAAUUAGGUCUACUUGUAUACAUUUUUUAAAAAUAGGCAUGAAUUUACCUGCAGUCCAGUGCCGGGUAAGACUCCCGUUGCUGAAUUCCACACCCUGCUCUAACGUCAUCGGUGCCCUUUAUUUAUUUAACAAUGCUGUCAGUGGUUUAUUCACCUAAUCCCCUGUUCCGUAAAUAAACCCUUAAAUGCAGCAUUUUAAAAGUGUCAAAGGAAUCGUAAUAAUCUUAGCCAGAGAUAGGCAAAGUAUUCAAUCAGACCACUGCAAAUUUCCAGCCCAUUAUUGCCCAUAAUAAAAUUCCGAUAGCAAAAGUGUAAUUAUUUACUAGUAAUGUGUAUUAAGAUACCUCACAUAUAUAUUAAAGAAACACCGUAGCGUUGGGGAUGCAUAUCUGUAUUCCUAACUCUACAUCACUGAUGCUCUUUAUCAAUCAGAUCCCCAUCCUCAUGUUCAAAUAAAAAAAUAAAAAAACCUGAAAACUCAGCCUCUUCCUUGGGUUUUCAUCCUAGACGAGCAUUGAGGAACAUAGGCUCAUGCAGGGUGCUCACCGCAACGCAUCUACGAUUGCUGCAUAGAGAAUUAUUGUAUUAAUCAACUCUCUAUGGCUGACUGUGACGUCAGUGCGCGUGCGACAUCAGUUUGUUACGGUGUGAGAGUCAGGAAGUAAGAUUCUCUGCUCUCCUACUUUAAGGGCUUGGAGGUGGGACUUGAAGCCAUGCUUCCAAGCCUUUUUAAUUAUUUUAAUGGUGAGUUUUGGAAGGUAGAAGUUGAACAGAUGAAGUUGUUAAAGUGACUACAUUGUCCCUUUUGACUUAUGUCCAGGUGGCCUAGCUGUGCUAUCUAUUCCCCAUUAAAGGACCACUAUAGUGCCAGGAAAACAUACUCGUUUUCCUGGCGCUAUAUUGCCCUGAGGGUGCCCCCACCCUCAGGGUCCCACUCCCGCCCGGCUCUGGAAGGGGGAAAGGGGUAAAAACUUACCUUUUUCCAGCGCUGGCCGGGGAGCUCUCCUCCUCCAAUCCUCCCCGUUGGCUGAAUGCGCACGCGCGGCAGAAGCUGCGCGUGCAUUCAGCCGGUCGCAUAGGAAAGCAUUAUCAAUGCUUUCCUAUGGACGCUUGCGUGCUCUCACUGUGAUUUUCACAGUGAGAAUCACGCAAGCGCCUCUAGCGGCUGUCAAUGAGACAGCCACUAGAGGAUUUGGGGGAAGGCUUAACUCAUUCAUAAACAUAGCAGUUUCUCUGAAACUGCUAUGUUUAUUAAAAAAUGGGUUAACCCUAGAGGGACCUGGCACCCAGACCACUUCAUUAAGCUGAAGUGGUCUGGGUGCCUAGAGUGGUCCUUUAAGGGUACAUUGCCAUGGGGUAUCCCAUUAUUGUUCAAUCCCAUUACUGUUCUAAAAAGUUACCAAAUUAAUUUAAACAAAAUCCCAUAGAGUUAAAUAGUGACUGCUUUGGAAAGCCCAACCUCCCAACCCUUUACCAACGAAUACAUGUAGUAUGGACUGGUGUACCCUUUUACUCUGCAUUUUAUGACACUUACAGGGUUAUUCCAGUCAGCAUGACUACUUCUGCUUAUUAGAGUUGCUGUGAUGGUAGAAGUCUGUGUGCAGGUUUUCAGCUUGACACACAGCAGAUAAGUUAUCAGGAUAAGUUUCUGAACACUAAUAAAAUACAAUUAAUAAUGACUUAAUGACUCACACUUAAAUAGAAAAAUAACAAACUGCAUAUCCAUGCUUUAUAUAAAAAUCAAGCAAAGCAGUUUAAAAAUGGAAAAUGUGCAUCCUGUGUCAUUACAAAAAGAACAAGGGCCAUUUCCAUGAGCUAAAACCACCUUGAGAUCUGAGCUGGAACCUACCAAAGGGAAGACUACUUGAGCUGUUGUCUGUUCUCCGCACUUGACUGCUGACCCAUAAUCCAUGUCCCCACCACAGCUUUAUUAAAUUUAUAACUUUUAACACUAUCCAAAUCUGUCAGCUGUUGAGCAGUUGCCCAACAGCCAUCAGCUCCCGUGCGGGCUGUCAUCUCCCCAAAGCGACUCUUUGUCUUAACCUUUUCUUUGCGCUGUCCAGGAUACCGCCACCGCGAUGCCCUCCUCGUGCUCAUUACUCCGCGCCGGCAUCGUGCCCCCCGCCGACAGCACAAUUUCGUUUGGAGGCUUUCUCAGUUGCUGGCUUGUGUUAUUAGAUGAUUUCUAAUAAAAAAAGAAAUCAUCUAAUAACACAAGCCAGCAACUGAGGAAGCCUCCAAACGAGGCGAAACACUUUUUGCACCUUAUAUAAGGACCAACCUUAAAGACUGUAAGGUUUUCUAUUUAUUUUAAUGUAUUUUAUAUUACUUUUGUGCACUUUAUUUUCACUACAUCCUGAAAGGACAUUCUAUAUUUGGAUACUACAGGCAGUAGCAAGAAGGAAGUGGGUCCCUUUUAGUACCCACAGAGCUACAUCCUUGAGCCUUUACAUUUGCUCAGUGUUUGUGAGUGCUUUACCUUCCAUACAUAUUGCACUACUAAUUGUGAAUUGGCUAUAUUGCACUAUUUCUCUUUAUUUAGGUUUAUAUUUUAGAGAAAAUUCCUACAAGGACAAUUUUAUUGUAUCUAUCACUGGAAGAAUUAUUGUAUAUAUACUCCACCUUAUACCGUAUGUACAUGUAAAAAAAGAACGAACCAUUAAACUAACAACCUAGUAAAUGAAAACAUUCUGGAUGCACCGGAAGGAGCCGAAAAAGCGGAUUCAAUAUCAGACUUCGCCAGCAAGGCCCCGGCUCUGGCCUCCCUAAGCAAUUCAAGAGCUCUGUCAAAAGAUGCGUACCUAACGCGGGACACCUCUUUAUCAAUAUCAUUCACCGACAAAGCCCAAUGGAGAGACCCGUAAAUUGUGAAAGGGCGGAACCACGAACGGGCCAGCCAUGCGCCCCCUUCGCACUUCCUUGUCCAACUUCUCCGCUAAAAUGUCUUCUUUUCCCAGCACGGACUUCAAAGUACCGGAGAGGGAAGGGGAAUCUGAAUGUACAAACGGAAUCCCGAAUCCCACGGCAAAACCGACCAACAAAAUCUCAGCUGCCCGCCAGUUAGUAUACCGGUCAGGCCACGGCCGCAUCCUUACCACGCUCACCGGCGCCCUCUGUCCGUGGCGCAUCAUCUCUUGAUGAACGCUGGCCUUGCUUACCUUUCUUCAAGCAAUGCAAUGCAGGUUGAGCCCCUCCGCAAUGGGAACACUCAUGUUUAAACCUGCAAACUCCGUACCAUAUGCAGUGGCUCUCAUUAAAGAGCCAGCACCCGCCCUUGCGCGCCCCUGCCGAAGCACCAGGAAAGGGGGCUGGCCUCGAGGGGGUCAUCAAAAGCAGUCACAAGCUGCCGUCCUGCACCCCAAAGUCCAUACCCAGACUAAACGUUUGUAUGCCCCCCAAAUAAGAUCCACAUAUUCGAACAGUGCUGGGGCCUUCUCUGGGAAGCUCAGCGACACUAUACUCGCAUAUACCAUGAACCCUUGGAGCCAGUUUCCAAAGGUGCAUGGAAUCUUACCUGUCUCUCCCUCCGCCGACUCUCUGCACCUGUCCACAGAUUCCCGGUCGGGGGGAACCAGGGUUAACACAUCUAUAAACUCACCACUGAUUAUUUUAUCCCUGACCUCCAGGGAAAUAUGCAUUCCUAGUGGUGCCAUCUCGCAACUGGGCAUAGGGGGACGACCAGAUGCUAAUGGCUGCAUGGGGACCAUAACCUGCGCCUUGGCCUGAGCAGCACCCUCUGGCAGCCUGGCUAGUACAGCCCUAAGCAAUGGGAAAACACUAUACCCUUGAAGACCCUGCUCACUGGAUCCCUUACUAGUCGCCAGUGCUUCCCAUGCGCUAGCACAAUACUCCUCCUCAUUUGGACCGUCUCCUCAUUUGGUCCUCUUACCGCUGCCAGCGACCCACCCCACCCACUCCUGGCUCCCGUCGCCGCCGAUCACCUCUCCUCACCGGACUGGGGGAUAAAACCGACGGAGGCCUGGACCGUCAAGCCCUCCGUCUGCCAGCCACCGCAACACCAUCCGUUGUUCCUGUGGUAGCCAUCCUGGAAGGGGUGUCACACAGGGUCUCCCAGGCCUCUGGUCAGCCUAACAACUUAUUUUUGUUUGAAGAAAUCUUCAGGACAAAACUGGACAAAUUGAAAAGUCCGUAUUCUCCUUUCCCUUGAAAAGUCAGUAUUCUCCUGUCCCCUGUCCCUUGUCUCUGCUGACUGGUGAGUCUCCUCCCCUGGCCUCCUACCAAACUGACCACAGGGGAAACUGUCUUGCACACUUGCUGUUUUUUGUUUUUGGUGUCCUCAGCUUUAUUAAAAAUCUUCAAAAUAUUUGCUUUCAGUCUUUAGCAUGUCAGUGUUUUGUGGAGACAACUUGCCCUUGAUGUAACCUUACUGUUAAAAAUAUUAUCUGACCAGUAUGGAACCCACACUGCACUGUAUUUGUUUAAGUGAAAACAUGAUGGCCCCAGAAUAAUAGGCAAAUGUAUUUAUCUGUAUGUAUAGUUUUCUAUUAUUCUACUGUACAUAGCAAAUAUCAAUUACUACUGCAAAUUGGCAGGUUUUUUUUUUUCCCCAUAUAUAUCGUUUGGAGUUAAAUUCUGUUUUACAUUUGAAUUGCACUGAUUUUUCUAGCUUGCCACUAGAAGCAUUCCCAUGUGAAUUGUCUCUUUUUAGCAAUAUACAAAGGUACAACUUUUUUAUUUAAAAAAAAAAUAAAAAAUAAAUUAUUGUUUAGUUUUAAAUAAAGUAUUGCUUGUAUGAAAAGUACAUGCAUUGCAUACAAACAACUAGUGCAUACCCACAGGUUUGUCCUGUUGUUCAUGUAUGUGUGUCAACAUACAUCUGAGCAUUCCUGAUGUUACAGUUGGCAUUAGCUGAUGGUACUGGUACAUUAUGUACUUUAGGGUUGAGUGGGAGAAGAAAUGAGAGAAUAACCGUUUCAUGGACAUUUAGUCUGCAGCAUGUUGAAAACAGCACCUCACUGUCCCCUUUGACCACUGAGGAGUUAAUUUUGCUUUUGAAUGAUAAAGUUGAACAGUAAUUGGCAAAGAAUGUAAUGUAGGCUUGUGCAAUGCUGAUGAUUACACCAUUGGCCUGCAUUUUCUUUUCCAAAGAAUUAUUUUGUUUUUAUUUUUAAAUUUACGCACAGGGAAUGUAUAAAAUCUGGGGGGAAAAACCUGAUGCAAACGUUUAAGCUUUUCAUAAUGGUUAUGGUCCUAGGAGGAUAGAAGUGAAGUUUAAUUUUUAUAAUUUUUUUUUUUUGUUUCCAGCACUUGCUAUUGUGACACUUGUUAUUCUUUGUUCCUUGGAGUGUUUGUAAAACAUGAGAUCACAUUACGUCCUGACUCUUGCACUGAGAGAAAUAAAGAAUAGCUUAACAGUUUUGGCAUUCCUGGAUUAGCAUAGGGUCCACGAGUUGAUUCAGCUGUAAUGAAAUAAUUGCAGUGAUUCACCACUGUAGAAUCCGCCUGCUCGGCCCAUGGUCAGACUCUUGGUAGACUGAGAGAAUUCAAUGCAUGUUCAUACUGUUCAAAUAAUUGGACAGAUGAAUGUGAGAUCUCUUUCUCAUUAUGAUGUACUGGGGACUUCUAUUUUUGUCAAGCAAGUUGAAAAUCAGUUUGCCAAAAAUAAGGCAGUGCAGACUUUUCAUCCUAGCACAAUACCCACUCCAAUAUUCUGUAGUGGUAAUGGUGCUUGAGCUGCCUUUUUAAACAAGCGACCAUCAUUAUUAUUAAUAAUAAUAAUAAUAAUAAUAAUUUAUUUAUCUUGAUGAAGUAAGUGCAGUGAUAUCUGGACCAGAUAUGGAUUUCUUUUACAUCCGCUUUCCCACAAACUGACUGAAAAUUCCAAAAAUUCAACUACAUUAUCUACAAUAAUCUGCCCAAGAUUUAUUUAUUUUUGCACUACAAUCAUUUCUAGCUUCUUGUAGCGAGUGCUACGCUAGUCUAUUGCAGCAUGUCAUUGACCGAUGUAGCAAUAUCGAUUUUCUCUGGUUAAGCUGCUAAAAUCCGUGGUCUUUGUUCAUAUAUUUAUCUGCCAGACUUAUUAGGGUUAUUCAAUAAACUCCUUAUAGGCCCCCUCUUGAAUGGGGCAAACCGAUUCAGUGCAGUACAGAGCCGUUUGAACUGCAAUAUGUAUUCAUUGUUCACAGAAUUUAACCAUGUCUGGAUUUCAUCAAGAAACCGUUGAAAUCCAACUAUGAUGGUUAGAAUCUGCGUAUGGAAUGCUUAAAGGGACACUAUAGUCACCAGAACAACUACAGUUUUAUUGAAUUUGUUCUGGCGAGUAGAAUCAUUACUUCAGGCUUUUUGCUGUAAACACUGUCUUUUCAGAGACAACGUCACUGGCCACUCCUUAGAUGGCUGUUCGAGAUCGUUCUUGGGUCAUGGCUGCCUAAAAUGCAUCCAAACAUUCAGUAUCUCCUCCCUCUGCAUGCAGACACUGAACUUUCCUCAUAGAGAUUUAUUGAUUCAAUUCAUCUCUAUGAGGAGAUGCAGAUUGGCCAGGGCUGUGUUUGAAUCAUGCUGGCUCUGCCCCUGAUCUGCCUCUUUGUCAGUCUCAGCCAAUCCUAUGGGGAAGCACUGUGAUUGGAUCAGGCUACCACUUCUGAUGUCAGCAUGUAACCGCGGCUGGUUCCCUUAUUUACCACUAUAAUGUCUUAAAGCAUAGAACUUAGUAGGGCUAACCAUACAGAUAUCUUAGCCAUAAUUAUAUAUAGUUAGUGUAAGAGAUCCCUUUAUUUAAAAUAUAUAAAUAAUUGAGAACACAAUAUAAAAUAAGGAUUGUCUUGGAAGCAAUAGUUUUGUCUUUUAGAUAUUUAUUAUAUAUAAAUAUAGACAUAUAAAAUCCAUUACAGCAGAGUUUAUAAGAUUAAAUUAAAUGCUUGCAAAUAUCAUUAAUAGGUUAACAUACCCUUCUGAACAUGUCAUCAUGUCAGCCUCUCUGUCAUUUUAAGAUGGAGCAGCGUCUGUCUCCAAGUCUCUCCUCUGUGUCUUAACAUUUAAAAGUACACCUAUUUAUACAUUAGGUAUCUCCAUUUUAGGGUUACCGUAGUUCAUAUAUGAAAAAGUAACAUUUCUUUUACUUUAUUCAUUUUAGGACCUCCCUUAACUUGGCAAACAUACAAGGCCAUAACUAAAGGGUGUAUACCUCAUGGAAAUUUUCCUGACUUAGUUCAAGAGGGCAUCUUAAAGUCUGGACAUUCUUAUCUACUUAAGGUUACCACAGUAUAUUGUGUACUGAAAGAGUCGUAGCAUAGCCUUGAAGCUUGUUUAUGCAUUAUUAUUGUAAUUAGUCUGGGACAAAAUGGCGCAAACAUAUUAUACACUGAGGUUAUUGCUUAAAGGACCACUAUAGUGCCAGGAAAACAUACUCGUUUUCCUUGCACUAUAGUGCCCUGAGGGUGCCCCCACCUUCUAGGCACCCAGACCACUUCAGCUUAAUGAGGUGGUCUGGGUGCCUGGUCCAGCUAGGGUUAACCCAUUUUUUCAUGAACAUAGCAGUUUCAGAGAAACUGCUAUGUUUGUGAAUGGGUUAAGCCUUCCCCUAUUUCUUCUAGUGGCUGUCUCAUUGACAGCCACUAGAGGCGCUUGCAUGCUUCUCACUGUGAUUUUCACAGUGAGAGCACGCCAGCGUCCAUAGGAAAGCAUUAUGAAUGCUUUCCUAUGUGACCGGCUGAAUGCGCGUGCAGCUCUUCCCGCGCGUGCGCAUUCAGCCGACAGGGAGGAGAGAAGGAGGAUCGGAGGAGGAGAGCUCUCCGCCCAGCGCUGGAAAAAGGUAACUUUUAACCCCUUUCCCAUUUCCAGAGCCCAGCGGGAGGGGGACCUUGAGAGUAUGUUUUCCUGGCACUAUAGUGGUCCUUUAAGAAAGCACUCAGAUACAAUAUUGAAGGUAUUUAUAUUUUAACCUUUGUAUAAGUGGUUUUAACACUUUCAUAACAAUAAAUAUCAGAAUCUGUUGUAACUAUAACUGGUUGAAGUGGGGGUAUGUUACAAUCAGAAUAUGAAUUAAUAAUCAUAUGCAUGAUGUAUUGAUUAAACAAUCAAUAGAUGUGGCAGGAUCCUUACCACAAGAUAUAUGUACCUUUUUAACCAUCACAAACCAAAUAACAUUUUCUUGGUAUUUGAAAAACCGAUAAAAUAUUUGAUUACAUGUAUUUUAAUAUAUAUAUACAUAGAGUGGAAUGGAUGUUGAAUUUAUAUAUUUGACAUCUUUUUACCAAUUUGCAAUAGGUGACCUAAAUGAUCAAUUUCCAAAAUCAUCAUGUAUAUCAUCUGGAUGGGUUAAUCCAUAAUACUCUUUUACUUUCCAUUGACUGGCCUUAGCUCUGGCAGACUGAGUAUUUUUAUCAUUUAUAAAUAAACUUUAUGAUAGUUGAAGUAAAGUUUCUGCCUGUCUUUCAGUUGAAUUUUAACUGCUGAAGUACUUCACUUAUAUUAAUUAUACCACUCUGCAAACUUAAACGAAUAUUUAAUAAUAAAAACAUUUCACAUUUUCUUUUAAGGUUAAAACAUUCAUUAUUGCAGUUGUUAUUGUAAUCAUAUGAUCUUUAACUAUCAUGAUUCAAUUAUCUGGGUAAUCAGCUACUAUGCUCUUAUACGUUAUGUCUAAUAUAUUUGUUUGUAGGCCAGACUGCAGUUGCAUUUGGCAUUUUAGCAAUAAUCUUCAAUUGCGUUUCAGAUAUUUACAAAGUCUAUCCACCUUUGUAAUUAACACAUUAUGUGUUUAUUUUAUACCAUUAAUUAUAGUAUCUCUAUUAUAUUACACAUCGUCACUGACACAUUUCUGAUACAGGGAAAAAAAUGUAUUGCAUCAAGGUUUCUUUUGUUAAUUGAUGUGUUUCUUCCGAAUUCAAAUUCAUAUGCCACCAAAUGUCAUUGUAAAGUUCAUUGUUAGAGAAUAUUGUUCCAGGAUGGUUUUUCACUCCAGUAAGAAAUCUAUAUACCUCUUCUUCUGCUCCUUCCUAUUUACAAGCAGACUGCUUAUUUUUCUGAGGCAAACAGCAUGCAGAUCUACAGGUUCAGUCUUGAAUACAGUAAGAUUUUGAUAUAUUUAUGGCGGCAUGAGGGGACCAGGGGGUGUAGAUUGUGGUUUUAACACUAUAGGGUCAGGAAUACAUGUUUGUGUUCCUGACCAAAUCGUGAUCCUUUAAAGGAUUUAAAAAAUCCAAAAAUGCCUGGAUUAAACAGCAUUUGCAUUAAAGGGGCUGUUCAGACAAACAAACAAACAUUUUUUUUCUUUUCUUUUUUUUUUUUCUUCCUCAUAUUUGUAUUGUAGGUUUUGAGGGCCCCCUAUUGUGUUCCCUCCUACAUAAAGGAGCACUGUAACCGCUUUAUCUCAUUUAAGUGGUUAUAGUAUCUAUAGUCCCCUGCUUCCAUCCUUCCUUUCAGCAGUAAACGGUUUGUGGUGUUUUAACGUUAAACAGUCGCCCCUAGAAUCAUAUCCUUUUUGUGCUGCUUGGGCUAAUGAGUAAGCAUUAGGUUAAGUAACGAUGGGCAGCUCUGAUUGUGCUGGCUGACCACUUUUGGCCUAUAUCAGCGCCAAUUGCUGGUAUGAAUUGGUAUGGUAUUGGAUACAUAAUAUUGGCCUUAGCCCUGCCUUUAAUAGGGGAUGGAAUUUGGCUGGUUAAGACACUUUGUAUUAACCUGCUCAAAAAUGCUGUAACAUUGAAUUGGAGGGACUGUGUCAGAGGACUCCCAACACUAUAACCAAUUUAAUGAGCUGAAAUGCCUAUAGUCUGCUUCUAAUUUGUAUUGCUCUUUUGGCUUCGUUUUGUAUGCUCAUAUAUUUUAAGUCCUGUGGAUCGAACAGUUGAAAACUGUUAAAUUUCAUGCAAAAUGAAGUCCAUGUAUCAGCUGACAUGUGCAAUCUGGCUGUUUGGAAUUAGCGUGCUGUGCUUCCUCCUGUCGGGCAGUAUACGUGUGUCUAUACUAGAUUGCAACAUAGUAACUUGAUUUGAGUUCCUUACUGAUAUGUCUCAUCACCUAUAGUCACCUGUCUGGAGGCCUGUGCCUUCUCUCUACACUGCUGCAAUUUUCAUAAUCCUAACUGUUAACCCCUUAAGGACACUUGACGGAAAUAUUCCGUCAUGAUUCCCUUUUAUUCCAGAAGUUGUCAUUAAAGGGUUAAACACCUAUUUCUAAUCUGCCAAGCAUUCAUCAAAUGAAAGGAACACAAUAGCAUUAGGAUUACAAAUUUGUAUUCCUAAUGCCAUAGUGGCCCAGUUACUGUUUAGGUGAUCGGGCCCCCACUGCAAGUGUUAACAAAGGGAGUUUAACUUUUGUUAACAUCAAAACUCUGCCUCCUUAGCUGACAUCAUUGAGAUUAUUUAUCUUCGCCAACCCAAUCCUUUCCCAAAGAACACCAUGGUUUUCAAUUGCAGGAUUAAAACGGGGUCACAGAGAUGAAGUGGUCUGUGUGCCUAUAGUGUUCCUUUAAAAUAUAUAUUACAAAGAAAACACCAUCAAUAAUGCUCAUGUUUAAAAUAAAUAUAUCAAAAAUUAAAACCUUGUGCCAAUGAUACAUGUUGCGUUGCGUUGCGUUGCAUUGCAUUGUAGACCCUGAUGUGUUUAUCUAAUAGUGAGGAGAUUAAAUCUGACUAAUUGUAUACAGACUAUUGAUGGAAUAUAAUCCUGGCAGUGCCAGGUUAGUGGGUUAAUGGGAUACAUUUUAAUGAAUGACACAAAGGAAGUCAUUAUGCCUAAAUAGCCUGAAGGAAGUAAGCUUCAAAAUAGGGCAAGUGUGGGAGAAGUGAUUAAGUUGGCAUAAUUAUUUUUAGCUUCAGUCUGGUAAUGAACGUAAAUAGUAUAGAGAGAACUCGUGAUAGCUGUCAUUUUCUGCUACUCAAAUAUUAUAUUGCUGGAAUCAUUCACACAUUACAAGCCAUCUCCAAAUUAAAAAGGACCUCAUAUCUGCCAAGAUUUUAUAAAAAUAUAUGCCGAUAUGUGUUGUAAACAGUACACCAAAAAAAUAAAUAAAUCACAAGUUAUGUCUUUUUUUGUUGUUGUUGUUGUUGUCUGCACCUCUUCUCCUCUCCAUCUCUUGCAUAUAAAAUUAUUUACAACAGGCAUUUCAAAUGCUGCCUCCUCUUUCUCCCCCACUCACCCCCAAUAGCUGAACUACAACCCCUGACCCGACCCUAAGGUUAUCUCAGGUAUCUGCAUCUGGCAACUGUCCCUGGUCAGGGACAUGGAAUUGCUGUACUGCAGGCACUAGGACCAUGCAGAGAGCACUUCAUCCUGGCCCACCCAUUUGGGCAUCCCGUGCGAUGCAAGUUGUCAUUGGUAGGCCUGUCCACCAGUCCCAAUUCCAUAACUCCCAAUAAAGUAUGGGUAGUUAUAGCUUGCAUUCACAGAAUUCUGGGAGUUGUAAGCUAUGAGCAGCUGCGGGACAAGAUUUUGAGAUCUAUGAUUUAAAACAAGCAUGUCAAAACUCAAAGGCUAACACCGGCCAAAUAAACAAGGUUUAAGUCUAUGUGGGCUGCAAAAAGAGUUAACGUAGACCAGUAAUGGCGAACCUGUGGCAUGGCGACCCCUCUCUGUGGGCACGCGGCCAUUGAUUGCUGGACUGGUGGGGGCCACUAGCGCCGGUCGGCAGCAAUGCAGAGUAUGUGUGUGUGUGUAUGUAUUCAGCAGUCUGUGAACUCAUCAGUCUGUCUGUGUGUACUCGGCAUUCUGUGUGUGUGUGUGUGUUAUUAGUUUAUUUAUAUAGCGCCAUCAGAUUCCCUAGCGCUGUACAAUGUAUUCAGCAGUCUGUGUGUAUUCAGCGGACUAUGUGUACAUAUUCAGCAGUCUGUUUUUGUUUGUGUGUAUUCAGCGGACUGUGUGCGUGUAUCUAGUGGACUGUACGAGUUGUUUCUUCUAAACUUAAACCUCAGUAUUCAGAUUUAAUUGCCGUGUUGGCACUUUGAGGAAAAAAAUUUGGCAUGUAUUGCGGUUUGGGCACUCUGGCCCAAAAAGGUUCGCUUUCACUGACCUAGACCAACACAAACUAAAAUUACAUUUAUCAUUCUCAUGCAAACAAUAUGCAAUCCUGGGUGUGUGUGUGUGUAUGUAUAUGUAUGUGUAUAUAUAUAUAUUUACUCAAAUGUUUCACUUUAAGUUACUUACUAUGCCCCCCCAAUCUAAUACACACACACUGCCCCCACUCCCACCACUCUAAUUUAAUUCCGCCCUUCCACCAAUUUAACACACUGCCCCCUUCCCACUACUCUAGUACAAUGCCCCUACCUCCUUCCUCCCCAAUUUAAUAAACUGCCCCCCUCACUGUAAUACACCACUCCACUCUCCUCUCCUACCCCCCCAAUUUAGUACAUUGCCCCACAAAUGUAAUACACUACAGGAAGGUUCCCCUGAGCCCCUUUUCCCCUACCAUAAGCCAUCUUCCAGUCCAGCCCUGCAUGAUCUUCUCUGCUCAAGCAGGACACGUUUCUUUGGCACUGCGAGCAGCAGAGAAGGGGGAGUGGCUGACCUGCUCUGCACACAGCCACUCUGCGCACUGUAGAGACCUCGGAUAUGACUCCAUAUGAUGGAGCAUGUGAUCUGCCAUGGGCCACGGGAGGACCACAGCACAAAGCAGCCCUUGGGCCGCAUAAAAAAUACCCAUGGUGGGCUGCAUGUUUGACAUGCUUGAUUUACAUAGCAGCCCAUUUACAGUUCUCAUUUGAGCCAUCUGCUUGAAAAUGUCACAGGAAAAGCUGUGCUCCCCUUUUCUGUACAUUUUCCAUAUGUGGAGUAUUCACACACCCCAUUCGGGUCACCUGUCGCACAUGCACCUUCACAACUUUCUUGAUUAAUGAAAAACAUGUUGCUGGAAGCCGCUGCACUGCUUCUAUUAGCUUGCACAACGGUUUAAUUCCUGCAUAGAAAUAAAACUGCUGCUGAGUGCUAAUUGACCUCUCCCUCAAACACCCAGAGUUUGCAGCUUCUGCAUACACAGAUAUUCCAUGGCUUGUGCAAAGAAUGCCCAGGACCCCCAAUACAGGAACGAUUCCUCCACUUGUCCCUCAUUUAUGUCGCUUCCUGCAUCUGUGCCAGUUCCUAUAGAUAUGAUUCACAGAAUGAUAGGAGAAACCUGUAUUUAUGGCAUGUGUGCACACAAGUGAUGCUCAUGGUCCGUAAACUCACAGAUUUUUCUUAUUUCUGUAACUUGUUUUCAAUGAAUGAAAUCUGGAAUAUAAAUUCCAAGAAUGUCUACAUCAUUUGUUUGUACAUUGGCUAAAACAUGCCAAUGACAUGUUUGUCUUCUACAUCUAAAAAGGGCCACUUCAGAUAAUGAACUUCUUUUGUCCUCCUUUCCAAUUGACUGUUUUGCAUUCAUUGUUAUCUUGCUGUCAUCUGCUACGCGUGUCCGUAGAAAGUGAGUGCUGGCUCUAGGUUACCUGGAGACAGCUGAACAGAGAGUCUUGGCAAAGGCUUUUCAUUGUAAUUUGUAAUCCGCUCAAUUACUCACUCUUGUUCGGAAGCUGUCUCUAAAACAGAUUAUCGUCUGUCUUUUUUUUAAAAUUAUUUGUUCUCUGUAAAAUCCAUAGUUUUUUGUAUAUACAUGUCUGAAAAAAAAAAAUUCAAAAAAAUUUGAAUAAAGUUUAUCAUCUGCUAGUUAACUUUUUGUUUCUUAAAUUGUGUUUAGUGGGAACAGUAAAUGGGGGGGAGGGGUGAGUAGGUGGUGGAGGCUGUGCAUUGAAUGAGCAAAUGUAAAAACAGAAAUAUUUAGAAAAAGUUGGAUAGAACAGUAAGAUUCUAUGGAAUUUGACAUAGAAGAACCUUGAUAAAUCACUGCAGCAACAAGCUCACCUGUCCCCUCACUGACUAGUGUGGGGAACCAUAACCUUCCUCGUGUAAUGUCGAACACUCUUUCUGGGCCGUGCAAGUUCUCCCCUUCUCUAUCAGGCUCUUUCAUAGCUUUAGUGCAUUUGUGUCUAUAGCUUCAUCAAAGGACCACUAUACUCACCCUGACCAUUUAUUCUCCUCUCAAGUGGUCAGGAUGCAGUUGCCCUGUGGUUUUGUCUUGCAAUGUAAAACAUUGCUGUUUUGGAGAUACAGCAAUGUUUACAUUGCAUGGCUAAACGCUAGAUGGUGCUUGUGCACCCACAGCCAAGUCAGGCUCCAUUCUUUAAUGCUUCUCAUAGAGUAGCAGUAAGGAGUGCAGUGCUUUGCAUCCACAAUGCUUCUUUUUGAGAAACAUUGGAUAAGUCGCUGAAGAGAAGAGAAGAGAAGACAUCAGGGAGGCGGAACAGAUGGUUUCACAGACUGAGUCUCCGAGAUGGAAACAAGGUAAGUAACAGAUUAUUUAGCAUCAAUUUUUAAAAAUUAAGAGUGGGCACAAAGGUCACAGACAUGCCAGUAGGCAAAUAACUUUAAAAAUAAUGUAAUAACAUUGAACUAGUUUCACUUCAACAAAACAUUGAGUUAGACAGUGACUUCUUUCACAUAUUUUGUUGAAUGGAAUUUCUGCCCUGUGCUUACGACAUAUCCACCAUAUAUUGAUUGAGCAGCAUGGGCAGUGACUGGAAGAUAUUUGUUGGCUACUUCCUAGUCUGGGACCAACCCUCUGUAGGAAGCUGCACAAGUGCUAGUGAUUUUCUGCAUAUGCAGAAAUUUCUGAGGUUUUAAUAAAACUAAACUUCUGUUUUCGAAAACACUGCUUUUUUUUUUUUUAGUGAUUACAUAUGAGUUAGUAUAGUUUUUUUGUGGAUCUCUUUGCUUACCUUCGCUAUAUGGGGGCGGCCUCACUUAUCUGCUGAGAUCAUUACCAUUGAGAAGAAAGUUCUCACUUUAUCUCCAUCAGUUUUGCCCAACUUUGGACAUCAUUCAUUGACUAAGUGUCACCUGAUGCACGGUCUGUCUCUCUCUCCACUGGUCACCACUCAGGUGAGCUAACUGACGUUCCUGUUUAUGAACGUCUAGCUCUCUUGUGUUCGUAGUGGAAGCAAGGAGCUCUUCCCGUUGAAUCCCAGGGAGCUGUAGUGGUUAUGGUGUUUAAAGUGUUCCUUUAACUGCAUGGCCUUCGGACUUAUAAACUGUGCUUUUGAAACACUAUUUAAAUAUGGCUAUCCCGAUAGAGCAAUGGUAAGCCAGAAUAUGGACUGAGCAAUUAUAGAUAUUUUCACAUUACUAAAUAAUACACUCGGAUUCUAUGCUACAUAUACUUUUUAAAAUUUAAUGAAUACAAGAAUGCUCAAAUGUUUGCUAUAAUGCAUAACAUAUGUGAUAUGCUGAAAUAUUUGGGCCAACACCAGUCUGUAUUGUGCAUUUAAAGCAAUGGAGGACUUUUGGCUAGUUUUUGGUAUCCUCACAAUUUCACACAUCCACUAAAGAUCAUUUUAGUGGUUAGGGUACAGGUCUCUUCAGGUGUGGUCAUCCUUGGUUUUGGGAGGGGGGGGGAGGGGGGGAAAGAAAAACUAAAUAUUUUUGAGGCCUGUGGCCUGCAGCCUACCCCCUUAGCUUGGGAUGACAUAACGGUCACCUUUCUCAUUAUGCCUCAGAAAUAUUGGAAUAAUAUAUGGAAGUGGUAUUUGGGGCACUUUUUUUUUUUUUUUUUUGUAUUCUUUAUUUUUGUGGGUUCAGCAUGAUAACAUAGUCACAUGUGUUCGGCAUAAAACAAUGAGAAUAACAAUCUUAACAAAUAUAUUUUGGAGCUACCCAAUUUUAGUUUUUUUGAGAAGCUAUUCAGCCCACUCUCGUCUGGUCUAGGGCUGUGUGUUAGCAUUUUGCUAUUGCUGGGUAGGAAGGCCUAGGUUGCUUGCUGAGUGUAUUGAAAAGGGCAUAUAUUAAACUGAAAAACUGCUUUAAAAAUAAGGAGGUGGGAGUGGAAGUAACUUAACAUGGGGACUAAUCGGUAGCUUACAGAGCCAGUGGUGAAGGGUUAGUUAAACAUUAUAGGGAACACUUCUUACAGACUGCAACAGGUAAAGAUAGAGGAAACAUAUUCCGCUGUAGCAUUUUGUGCUAGUCUGGUGCCCCCCCAUGCCUUCCUCUACCACUUCCACCCAGUUGGCGAGUGUGGCAACGUCCUCCCGCACCAGUGUCAUGUCCGCUUGGAACAUGGACUUAAAAUCCUGCAUCAGAGCCUUAAUAUCUGCCUUGGUGGAAGGUGCAGAGUCUUCCAUGUCCAGAUGCCCCUAGGGUGUUUGUCUAGCCCGGUUCGGUGUUUUAGGCUUGGCUUAAGUGCUCUCCUGGUCUGAAGACACUGAGGUAUAGGUCUCGAACUGCGCCAUCUAGGGAAUUUUAGGCCGUGAGGCUGCGCGAAGAAAAGCCCCUAUAUCUCCGGAGACAAUCCAGGAUCUGCGCGCUGCUUUUUAUUCUUUUUCCCCAUGGUGCAGGGAGCCCGAGUGGGGCAAUGAAUUGCAGCACAGGAUUGAUAUUUCUGGGUGAACGCUCAGAGCUGCUGCGAUGUGCGUCUGACCGUUUUUGGCACUUUUUAUUUCUAGUAGCAUUGAUGAAAUGUGAGUCCUGUAUCAAUUCAGCGAUGCAAGAAAGAUUAACAGUGUUUCUGAUCUCCCUUACCUGUUCAAAUAUUUUAGGAUAUAGAGUGAGGAAAGUAACACUGUAUCAUAUAAUUAUUUAACUGAGUGGAUGACUAUUUGGGAUACUGUGACACACACUUUUUCUGUCAAACAAUUCGAAAAUAGUGACAUGACAUGGGUAGUAAAUUUCAUUGUAAGGAUUUUUUUUUUUUUUUUUUUUUUUACAGAACUGUAACUGCAAAUCACAAAUGAGAUACUGUUUGAUAAAAAUCAUAGUAGACCAUUAUCUCUCAAGCAGCAUAGAGCCGCAGUUCCUUCUAGUAACAUCCUCAGAACGCAAGCAGAGACAGUGUGUUUACUGUUCUGUCAUGUGACUUAGGAAGGGUAUUGGAGAGAUAACUAUGUGAGAAAUUACUGUGUUUUAUCAACAAUGUAUGUCAUGGAGAAUUCAGAGAUGGUUAUAUCUCCUCCUGGAAGAGGUUCCAGUGAAGCAAUAAAAACUUAUAGCACACAGAGAAAAACAUACUUGGCAAGGAAUAUAAUUGCAGUUGGCUAGUUCCAGACUGUUGGUUUAACAAGCAAACCUUGUCUGUCUAUAGCAGGGGUAGUCAACCUUUUUCUACCUACCGCCCACUAAUGCAUCUUUCUUGAUGGAAAAAUUUCCUUACCGCCCACCAGUUUUCGCGCAAGUGCAGAAUAUUUUUUAGAAAGGAGGGUGUUUUAAAAAAAAAAAAUAAAAAAAAAAUGUACAUACAUUUAUCUUUUUAUUUCUACUUUAUGCAUGUUUAUAAUGUUGUUAACUUUAUAAAAUAUAAUGAGAAAAUAAAGUAAAUUUAAAUUACCUUUACUAGUGAUUAAUGAGAUAUUUGAGGUUGAUGCUGCGAGACUAAAUAUUUGAUAUCUGGUUCGAUUUUCAUAAGGAACAAGCAAAGGUCUCUCUCUUUCGGUGAUAUUCAAACGAUUUCACUGUUUGCGCGUAAUAUGAUUUCUCAUCUGUGCAUCAGCUCCCCUUCUCUCCCUCCUCAAUUCACCUCUCCACCUUUUUUUUUCCCCCUUUUUCCUAAUUUUUAACCUUCGUUAUAGCAAUGCCCAGCAGGAAGGCUGAGCUAGGUAGCCCACUUAUUAUUAUUAUUAUUAUUAUUAUAUUAGCCAACAACAAUUUUCUCCUUUUUCUUUUUCUUCUUUCUCCUUUUUUACAAGUACUCUGCUCUUUCUUUCUCCAAUGCUACAAGUACUCUGUUCCUUCUUUCUCCAAUGCUACAAGUACUCUGCUCCUUCGUUCUCCUUUUUUUUACAAGUACUCUCCUCCUUUAUUUUAUCCCCUUUUUUUCUAUUUUUCUUCCUUCCUUUUUUUUUUUUUAUCUUUUCCUUUUUAUCUCCUUUUUUAUGCUUUUCUUUUACAUUCCAAUGAACAAAAGUAAGGCUGAUGUAUAGUGGGUAGGGGGUCUGUGAGGUUGGUAGGGGGGCUCUAUAAUGGGUGGGGGGCUGUGAGGUGGGUAGGGGGGCUCUAUAGUGGCUAGGGGGGCUCUAUAGUGGGAUGGGGCAGUGAGGUGGGUAGGGGGGCUCUAUAGUGGGUAGGGGGCAGUAUAGUGGGUAGGGGGCAGGGGGGCUGUGAGGUGGGUAGGGGGCUGUGAGGUGGGUAGGGGGUCUGUGAGGUGGGUAGGGGGCUGAAUAGUGGCUAGGGGGGCUGUGAGGUGGCUAGGGGGGCUCUAUAGUGGGUUAGGGGGCAGUAUAGUGGGUAGGGGGCAGUAUAGUGGGUAGGGGGGCUGUGAGGUGAGUAGGGGGGCUCUAUAGUGGGUAGGGGGGCUUUGAGGUGGGUAGGGGGGCAGUGUAGUGGGUAGGGGGGCUGUGAGGUGGGUAGAGGGCCUGUGAGGAGAGUAGGGGCGCUGUGAGGUGGGUAGGGGGGCAAUAUAGUGGGUAGGGGGCUGUAAAAAAGUAAAUACCUUUCGGUGUCCUCUUGGUCCGGUGGGCAGCUUCCCAGUAACGUGCAUGGGGGCGGAGCUUUGAGCGGGAGGCGGAGCUUCCGUUUGGGGGCGGAGUAUGCGGCUAUAAUGAUUUCAGACUGUGCAGGGAGACUGACAGGUCUCCCUGCAGCCGCUGGCAGCCACACCAGCCCCCAGCUCCUCCCUCCUUCCUCCCCUCGGACUGAUAGUCUGGCACAGUCCGAGGGGAGGCUUUAUCAAAAUGAUCAUUAAGGCUGUCAGCCCCGCCCCAGCUGGGCCAGUCCGGCCCUGCCACCCACUCUCUCAAACGGGGGAUUUAGCUGUCCAAAUCCCUACCGCCCACCUGGAAUCCUGAAACGCCCACUAGUGGGCGGUAGGGACCAGGUUGACGACCCAUGGUCUAUAGUAUGAUUAUAAAAAUGACAUGGUUAUUUCAACAGGUAUGUCUUGUUUUAUAUCAGUACUGCAGUAAUGUCAUCUCUGUUUUUAUUUUGUGUAAUGAAUAGUGGAAUAAUACGCAAACCAUUUUUGUACAGUUUUGGGUCCAGGACUGUAGCUCCCACUAAUCUCAGGCAGCACUUCGAAUUGUAUGUCACAGGGAAGGUUUUACAACAAAGUCGUCCCCUUAAUCACCAACACAAACAUUAACUCUUUCACUACCCUAGUUCUACCCAUUAACCCUCCCUAGCACAAGGCAUUACUGCUACAUUACCUUAAAGGAACACUACAAGCAUCAUAACCACUGGAGCGUGCUGUAGUGGUUAUGGUGCCAUAAGGCACACCACCAGUCUAAGCAGUCUAAUGGUUUUACUUUUUACCUAAUGUCUGUGUGCAGCAGUUCCUGCCUCCACAACAGCUGGAAUCUCUCCACCCUGACCAAAGCGCAGCGAUACAGGGCUCAGCUGAUUGGCUGAGAGCAGUCAACUGAGACUCUCAGCCAAUUUGCUGGCCGUGCACUCUACGGCUUAGCACAACAUAACCGAAGCUCCCAGAAUGAGCUUUUGGCUCUCCUGUAGGUUGCAAAAAAGCAGGGAGUUGGUUAAGGAGCCAAACUGUUGUAAAACUGUUUCAUUAUUUAAUAUGGGAUUCACCAGGGCACUCCUGGCACCACAACUUCUACAGUAUGCUGUAGUGGUCAUGGUUCUUGGACUGUUUCUUUAAGACUAACCCUAACCUUAAUAUACCAUGUAAUAUAAAAUAUAAUAGAUCUAUAAAUAUCAUAUAAUUUCGUGGGUACUGGAUACAAUUAUAAACUCAAACUUUGAUCUCUAGUUUAUUAUGAUGUUUCCAAAACACCUCAAUGGUAUCAUUUUUGGGUAAUACACAAUUUACCGGCGUUCUGUAUUUAUUUCCUUUGUGCCUCCACUCUCUUUUUAUAUAUUGUUAUUCUUAGUAAAUGGCUUUAGGGGUGCAUAGUUAGGAUUAAAGUUUUAUUAAAUUUUUUUUUUUUUGGAAGAAUUAUUACAAUUGGACAUUGUUUUCAUUUUUAAAAUCUUUAUGUAAAGAAAUAGGAAACAUGCAGAAUCAAAAUGAAUACUGUAAAGGGGAUGAAAACAUUUUUUUUUUUUUUUACUGUAUAAUGUAUGUGAUAUGGGUGGAUGGUGUGUAUCAAUGUUGUGACUUGCUGUAUGGAAUAUGUAGGUGUGGGGCAGUGGUAGUUGUUUAUAGAUGCAAUAACCUUCAUAAAGAGUCUGGAUCCUUUGUUUUGGACUGACUUCUAGAUCCAAACUAAGUUUCUAGCGCUGAUCUCCUUGAGUGCCAAGCCAACGCUCCGCCUUCACUUGAUGGGAGGGACUAACGUGUAUGCACGGUGUUGCAUUGCUUUAAUGCUUUCCUAUGGGGGUUUUACUGACACUGGCUGUCCACAUGCAGAGGGUGAGGACGUUCAGGAUCAGUUAGGUCACCUGCAAGCAGGAAGUGGCUCUAGUGGCUGUCUGACAUCCACUAGAGGCAGUCUUAGUCCUGCAAUGUAGUCAUUGCAGUUUCUAAAAAAACAAAAAACAAACUUCAGUGAUUUACGUUGCUGAACUAAGGGGGGCUUGGACACUGCACCCAGGCCACUUCAAUGAGCUGAAGUUUUCUGGGUGCCUAUAGUAUCCUUUGAACUCCAUGAGGACCAAUGAUGGAAUAAUGAUGGAUAAACUUACUUGGACCCUGACUGUAUCAGACCUGCUUAGCUUAGUGAAGUCAUACAGAUUGUCUAGCAGGUGAAGACCGGUUGCAACAUGUGUGCCCAGGGUACCCAGGUGUUAAACUGCUCUAAAAUAGUUUGAAAACUGACUCUGCGAGGGUGUUAGUACACUACUGGUACCGCAACCACUAUUGCGGGCUGCUACUUGUAGAGUUAUUCUUCACUGUGGCAAGCCUUUAUAGUGCUGCAAUUUAUAACCUGGUAUUGGGUCUGUAGGGUCCAGAUUGUGAUGACCUCAUGUAAUAUCACUGACCAUUAAGUGAUUAAAGUAAUUUUGGCAUCAGUAAUGAAGUGGUAUGUAUAUGUUUUGUGCUCUCCUGAAUUAUUACUUUAAUUUUUUUUCCCGCUAUUUGUCACGCUUUGUUAGUGUACACAAUCAGAAAUUGGCACUUCUGAUGUUCCUGUAUAAUAAUAUUGCUGUGUGUGCACAGUGUGUCGCUUGCUUUCAGCUUUCUAAAUAUAGGGCAGCACGCUCUGUAGAAAAUGUAUUGACUGAAAAGAUCAGCAGGAUGUUGUUCCUUUCACAAUAGGAAAAUGUGUGCCUAUUUCUGGCCAGUAUUAAAUUGCUUUAAUUUUUACCCCAAUUUCCCCCUCCUCUCCCCCCUUUUUCUCCACUCCCACUCAUCCCAUUUAAUAUAUUCUUUGUAUGUCACUGUGGUCCAAAGAGCUCCUAGUUCAAUAUACAUGCCAACUUUCUAUUUAAAAAAAAUAAAAAAUUGUGUGUGAAAACUGACACUUUAGUUUCUACAUAAUAGAUAACUAUACUUAAGACAGAAUUUGUGUGCUGUCCUUUGACCAGAAAUUCACUCUUCCCGCUCCACCAGCUCCAGGUGACUUCCUCCUUGCAGUAAGAAGAACAGAGCUUCAUUUAGCCAUGAAGAAUUUCAAGCAGGCCUUGAUUGAUGCAGAUAAUAUGUGCAGAAAACAUCUUCUCUGGCCAAAGGUAAAUCUGUAAAUUAUAAUGUGUGGAUGUCGAACCUAAUAUGCCACAUGUUCUACAUUAGUCAGUAAUGCAUUAUGAUGACCAAAUAUUGUACUUCAAAGUGAUUAAUGUACAGAACAACUGUUGCCUGAUCCAUAAUCUAACUUUAAAGGGACACCAAACCACUACAUCUUAAUUCUGUCUGUUUACUCUGGCAAUCUAGAAUAGAUAGAUUCCUCCUGACAUCUAGAAUAGAUUGUGACAGUCAGACUAAAUCAAAAUGAAAGGUUUUUGGUGCUUUCGUGUAUAGUAUCAUGGUACCUAACACUGCUAAAGCAGGAUAGCGAAGCUGUGAGGAUACGGUUCCAGGUUCAAGUUUUAAUAAUCUUUUUUUCACAAUUUUUAAACAGGAGGCAUUGAAUUUAAAGCAAUAUUUUUCACCUUAGGUUUUUACUUCAAACAUGACAUUACUAAGCAUUCUCUAAGUACAAAAACGACUACAACAUACUUCUCAGCUGUCCUGUGAAUUUGGGGUUCAUUUGGUGCAUUAAGCCAAUUAACAUAGAUCUUUAACAGUUCUUUGAGAAUGGCUGCCCUGAUUGGGCAAAGCUUGGAAGACCGUCAUGCUCCCUUUCAAAUGUUCCUAUUCAUUACUGGGUGGGUAUGCUCCCUCCUGCCUCUUUUUGGGCCUCACAUCAUAUUCCUGCAUUCUAUACCUCUCACCAUUGGGAGAUAUAUUACAGCUUGCUGUAGCAUUUCUGGUUGAAGAAGUCUUUUAGUGUGUCAUUUUUGAGUGGCUCUUCAGACACCUAAUGCACUACACCUCAUAUGGCGUUCUCAUAUAAAACUGUCACUUUCAGAUUAUCUGCACAAAUUUAUUCCUUUGAUAGCAAGCGUAGGCCGCAAUUACUAGAAGAGGCUUAACCCAGUGAAUGGCAAAUGUAGGCUGUAGUUACUGUAACGUAGUAUUGCUAGCCCGAUAUGUAUGUCAUAAAAAAAUGUGUGUGUAUAUGGGACUAGGCACUGUGCAAUUAUUAAAAUUUCCCUUUUAUGUGUGAAGCUAAUUACAUGUAUUUAGCAGAAAACAAAAAACAGUGACCAACUUCGUAGUGAUAUACUUGUUUCACAUGAAGCCUUACAAAGUUCGUUUUCUUAUUUAAACAAAGAAAAAAAUCCCUGAGUAAUUUAAAUUCUAGUAAAAUUUAACCUAAAAAUGCUUCCCAAGACCAGGCUUUGUAUAAUAAUCCUUGUAUUGUCAGGGUGGUGCACAACAUUUUAAUCAGUUUGUGCGCACUCUGCCAUGUUUACGCGAAGGGUGUUAAUUUUUAAUUUAAAUAUAAUGCGUUUAUUGGUCCUAUUGUUGGCUGACCAAUUUAAUCCAUCAGUAGUCUUUAGGUGCAUAAUAAUUUGCCUGUAAUCAAUGCCACGGUGGUCUCAUGCACUUUCGCAUUAAAGGUGCCACUUAGUACACCGUUCUGUUAUAAACUAUUUCUUGCAAAUAUGCUAAUGCCCUUUAUCAAUGUGGAACAAAAGACAUUGUUUGUACUUAUUUUAAUUCUGUCAUUUUUUUUUGUUUUGUUUUUUUGCCUCCUGAGAACAUCAUGUCCUUUGCAGUUAAUGUAAUCCUGUGUGCUAGUUUAGUGGAGAUUAUUUUUAGAAAGCGUGGUACAAGAUGUUUGGUUAAUCUCUUUCAAAGCAUGUCACGUUGCUAUGUAUGCAGGCACGUUCUAUGAAAGCGCAGGCUCUCUCUGGACUAGGAAGAACUGAAGAGGCUAUGAAGGAGUUCUUGUAUUGUGUUGCUAUAAAUCCUGAAUGGAGCUCAAUGAAGACUGAAGCACAAAAGGUAGCUCAUUACAUAUGUCAGACUUAUCUGGCUUCCUCUAUAUUAUUUCACUUUGUUGAUAUGGUUCAGUUUGAAAAUGUGUUUUCCUUUACUAGUCAUUGCAAGGGCAGGAAUUCCAUAGCUCAGAAAUCCAUACAGAGAUAUGUAUAUUGAAGUAAUGCCACUUAUCUGUUACACAUUCUGCUGAUACUGAAUCGUUUGCAUUUUAGAAUGCAAUGCAGAGAGAGACUAAAAGGAAAACUGGGAAAAACAAAAACCAAAAAAAACUAUAUUCUGUCCGGCAGCAGGAUGUUUCUAGCCAAUCAAAAACCUUAAAAUUCAAGUUAUGGCCAAAGAGGAAAAACCUAUACAGAUAAGAGUAAACAACUAACUGUAUUCCAUGAAUAAUAGCAGUGUAAAUAAGACACCGUGUAUAAUUUUUCCAUUUCUUUUUAAAUACCUUUAUAUAAAGUGUGCCUACUGGUAUAUACUGACCCUGAGUGAAAGCAUUACUUUCUCUUUAAUGGGAAAUAAAAUCCUGGGUUGACCUAUAUUUUCAUCUUAUUGGUGGCUACUUUUAAUAAACCCAUCAAGCGCACACCACUUGUAAAGAAAGCAAAAGAGGGUUUAUGUAUCAAAAUAGGUCAAGACACUUUAGUGUGCGCAAAGAUAGUAGAAAAUCAGCUCCUUUUACACUUAUGCCCUACUUUUUAAGAAUAUCUACUUUUACAGAGUGAUGAGCAUGUUUGGGGAAAUCAACUAACGUGUCUCUUAUUCACUGGAUAGGGUUUGUAUAUAUUUUCUAAGCACACCAUGGCUGAAGCUGUCCACUUAAUUUAAAGCAAGGUGAUAAUCCUGGCAGAUCUUCAGGAUUCCUCCUGACAGGCAGUGGAUGAGCCAACAAUUUGUAAGAGUAUUGGAUGUUUCCUGGAACACUCUAAUAAGGGUCAAUCUGUGACCCUCACAGCUGUUACUGGACUGCGACACUAAUCACAUGCUUGUGACGUAGCUAAGUGCUAUAAUGUCACAUGUUGUUAUUUUAUUAAAUAAAUAUAAGAAAUUGCAUUGCCCGUCAUAUUUUGUUUUCCAAAAGACAAGUCAGCCCCUUUUUUAACUCUUCCGUGACACAAAAUGUGCUGGGACUCUAAUUUUAUAAAGGAAUGUGCCUAAUCCCCUAAUCCUUCUUUUGAGGCGGUUGCUUAAUUUUCUGAAAACCAAGCAUCUUAAUUUUAGCAGGUAGAGUUCUAUUAAAGUAUUAGUUUUCCUGCUUUAAGGGUGAUAUUCAAGAGCAAUGCAUCAUGCAGAGUUAGCAAAGUAAGUAAACAGACAGUCAGAGAACUAUUAGGAUAAUAGAGCUGUCAGGAUAAAAAGUAAAUAUGCACAUUAAAAUGAAAACAGGACUGAAAACGUGUAGCCAGGACAACUCUCCUGCUGUGGGACUGGAUAGGACAAUAUUGCAGUAGCAUAAAUGGCUUGCAGUUUGCAGCAUGUUAGUUUAAUGAUUCCUUGUGCAUUCAAUAUUUGUAAUCUUUACUGCUAUCGCAAUGAUAUAACAGGUUAAAACACUUUAAUGGGACACUGUCUGCACCAGAACCACUACAGCUUAAAGCGGCACUGUCAUGCCGAACUUACCUUUCCUCAAUCUCUUCCUCUUCUCCCCCUCUCUCAGGAUCUGUUCUUCUUUUCUUCCUGUCUUCUUUAGUUUUCUUUAAAAUCGUAAGACAAAGUAGGGACUCUUUGCCUUAUGGAGGUUUCCUCCGCGUGACCAGUUUUGACCAGCGGAGGAGCAAAGUGUGCUUCAUUUCCGCUGGUCAGAGCAAUUUCCGCACAAUUCUCACCUUUCCUCCCUGUUCCCACGAUGCUUCCUGUCAGUAUUGCCGAACGUCCUGUCACUUAGACAGAACGCCGGCAAAACUACCGAAUUGCAUCCUAACAGAAUGAGAACAGUUUCUCCAUUCGUGUUAGGAUGCAAUUCGGGACUUUGUUCGGAUCGCAAUUUCAUUCGAAUGAAUGAAACUCCUUAUUGUUAUUUAGUAGGUUUUUUUUUAAACAGUGAGCAGUCUGUGGCUGCUCCUACUCGCGGUAUAGCUAGUAGGGGCACUGUGGAGAUUUUAAUCUCCCUUAUGCUAUUAUGGGGGUCAUAUUGACCCCCAUAGAGUGAGGGGGGACCUGUGGGGCUUAUGAAGUGGCGGGGAGCACUGCUCCCUGCCGCUUCUAGCGUUACAUAUUACAAGGAGGGAGCUGUGUGCCAGUAGCUCCCUCCUUGUAAUAAACUGCACGAACAAACGAACACUGAUACUCAGUGCUUGUUUGUUUGUCUGACAAUGCUAUCCAUUAAUUCAGCUUUCUGAUGAAUGAAUGAAUAGAUGAAAUUCCCGUUCGCAUGUCCAAGUGUUUAACUGGGCAUGUGCGGGAAUCUCACAGUCCAUCUAGUGUGGGCAGAUGACAUGUCCCACAGGGACUUCCUCUACCCACACAAAGAUGGCGGCGCCCUGAAUAUAGAUCGGGGCAAUAAAUAAAGAUUAAAAAAUAGGUAAUAUGGGGGGCUUAGGGCCAUUUGGGAAUGACUAGGGGGUCAAAUAGAGAUAGUGGAGGAGGAAGGGGGGUUAAAAAAAAAAACGGGAUUCGGCCAUGACAGUGCCGCUUUAAUCUGUUUUUGCUGCAAAAAUGCCUGUCCCUGUAAUCUAUCAAUUGUAAACAUUGCCUUUUCUGAGAAAAGACGGUGUUUACAUUUGUCAAAGGACACCUCCAGUGCUUCACUCAGACAGCCACUUGCAACAUUAUAGAUUUUGUGGUCCUACUAGAAGGCUGAUGGGUAUUUUCACUGUGGAAAAUCUAAUAUAAUUGAGACAUAGGUUUUGGCUCUUGAAUGCUAUAAAUAGAGCCUUGCUAGCGAUCCCUGUUUGUCACCAGUUUUUGAAUAUAUGCUAUAAGGAUAUUUGUUUGAUGGCCAUUUAAUACAUCAGUAUUUGAGUUGUAAGAGGAACUUCAGUAGCCUAAACUAUCUGAGAAAUAUAAUAAUAGUAAUAUUCAUCUGGGACCACCAAAUAAUUAACAAUUUACAGAGGCUAGAAUAAAGCUGAAAUAAGAGGGAUAAAAAAUAAAGUGUGAUGUAAAAUUAUACAUUGGGAUUCCUCAAACUUAAAAAGUGAGUGUACUUUACAUGCACAGAAGAAGGGACCUGCAACAUAGUGUCUUUAAAUAUGAGAACAAGAGGAUACAACUAAAAGUUGGGAGUAUGUGUAUAUUUCUUAUGGAGAGAGUUGAAAAUGAAUGUAAUAAUGUUUAGUUGAAGUAGUGGAGAUCGAUGCAUCUGAAGAGUCAUUGGAAGUUGGAGUAUGGCCAGACCAGAGGCCUAUAUUAAUAAAAAUGACCUUUAAAUACAUUCUCUUUUUCCAUUCACAGAUAAUGUGUGAUGUGUUUUUUCCUGCUUUUGAAAAUGUUCAGGCCAGUCUGAAACCUGUGUUCUUGAACAGCACCAACAGUCCAUCUUCUGUGAAAGAUGUUUCCUUUGCUGGAUGCUCCGAGGUACAAAUCCAAAUGUGAAAACCUUUAUAUUAGACAUAUUUUAUUUAAAAAAAUAAAAUUUAAUUUGUACUCUAACAGUCCCUGUUUUGUCUUAUCUGCAGGACUCCCUGUUCAGAUUAACCAAAGCCUCAUCCCUGGAGUCUGAUCUGUUUCAAAUGAAAGAUUUCCUGGACAAUGCACAAAAUACCCCAGGAAAUAUUCUCUCCUGUCUUCCUAGCACAGGUCUUAAGAGAAAACAUGCCAGCAAUUCAGAGGAGCCUCACAGUGUAGAAAUCACUGCCAAAUUCCUGAAGAAAGGUAUGGGUUCACUUGGCCAACAUUAGCACAGUUCUCUGUUCCUUACUAGCCUUCUGAUACUUUAGGCAUUGGCUGCAUAAACAGAUUUUCUCUGUGACUCCUAUCUCACAUUCGCACCUCAAGUCCAGUCACUUGCCAAAUCAGGUCACGUCUACCUCAAAAACAACCAAAGUGCUGCUCUAUGCUUCUAUCAUCUCUCGACUUGACUACUGCAAUCUGCUUCUCUCUCUUUUAAUGACGCCCCAGUGAUACUGACAGUGGAGGGGCUAUACACCUCCAGAAGCAAAGGGGUUAAAACUCUGUUAUGUGUAGUGUUUCAAAGGCACCGUGACCACUUGAAAUUACUUAUGUGGUCAUGGUGAUUGGAAUAACCCUUAAUGCCAAAUUAACUUAAUUUACAAUCCAUAGGUCGUCUUAGCAUUGAUUUGUAUCUCCAUGACAACAAUCUACCCAUUUUCAAAAAGCUACUUUCUUCAUGAUAAUGUGUAAUUUCUCUAAUUUUGUAUCUAACGGGGUCCACAAUUAUAAAUGGUUUUAAUUUACACCAUGGUGGGCAAAUGGUAAAUCCCUACAUGUUGUAGGGAACUGCAAAAACCACAAUGCUGUGUCAGAGCCAUAGGUGUCACUACAAGUGGGCAGGAGGAGGGCAAUUAGCCCCUCCUUUACUCCUUGUCCCAUCUGUGCCCAUCCCAUUAAACAUUUAACUUGGCAGCAGUCAGUACUCCUGUCAGACUGUGGUUUGGGGGUACACUUUAGGAGAGGCACCCACAGCAGCAGGACCACCUCCAUGGGCUCCGAUGGAAAGUUGCCAGGUGCAAGCAGUAGCAUUAAUUACACUGCUGAUCUCCCAUACAACCAGCAUCCAGGCAAACAUCAGGACCGAGUAACAAGCCUUGAAGAGAACGGGGCAGCACAAGAGCUCAGUGUCUGUGUGCAGGUAACAGAUGGAUGCAUGGCAGCAACCCAUGAGAGCAGGUAGCAUGCCGAUUGAAAGGGGCUGCUUUCCGGGUCCCUGGCUCCCACCUGAGUAUGUGAGGAACGUGGGAGGUCUGCUUGCUUUGUGCGUGAAUAUAUUUAGCACUGUGAGUUUAUGUAUUUAGCAGUGUGCAUGUGUUUGUGUAUAUGUUGUAAUGAGCAAUGUUUGUUUGUGUAUAAGCAGAGGUGUAGCAAAGAUGGAACAGAGGGGGUGGUAAGGGAUCACUCUGCAAUGCGUGCACAGUUUCUCCGCGCACCCUGAUGCCAGGAGGUGCAAUACAACAAACUCUCAGUUGUUAUAGUACACAACGUAUCUCUUGCACUUGAUACAAUAUGGGUUAUACUUGUGCAAUCGCUACAGACUGUGAAGUUUCACAAAAGGGAAAUCCAGACCACAUAAGAAACUUUACUGUUGAAGCUUCUCCUGCUAUCGUUUAAAUUUCUCAUUUUGAAACACAGAAGUUUAUCUUUGAAUAACUCCAUAAUACAGUUUUUACAUGUCUGAGUGUGUUUGUGUGUACAGAUUUUUUAUAUAUGUAGGAGGGGCACAGAAGAUACCACAGUCAAAGCUGGAAGGGAGGGGGCACUAAUUAUUUCCAACACUAAAAAAGAAAAACUCCUAGUUUGGUUAGCUCAGUGGAGCUAAAUUCAAGAGGCAGCAAUUGCUCAGAGCACCUGCCUUGUAAAGACUUCAAUUGUGCUGUAUUGGGAAGUCUGUGAUUGGACAGCCACAGAAACCCUGGGUUGAGUUAUAAUGGGAGGGCUUGCAAAGGCUGCAGACAAGAAUAAUUUAGCUUUUGCAAGCUGUUUUUAGAUAUACCACAAUGAAAGAAAAGUAUAAUUAAAUCUAUGCAUUUUUUCAUUUGGAGUAUAUCUACUAAACCAUGAUUUAUAUAUAUUUUUUUUAUUUGGGCUGCAGAUUGCCCCUUUAAGUCAGCAUUGUCCAAAAUCCUUAUAGCAUAUUUUUAACACCAAUGGUAUGUAUUGGAGUGUACAUUGUCAAAAUUUAAAGACUAUUCCAAAUAUUGGGCCAUAUUUAAAAAUCAGUGUGAAUUUCUGGCAAUCCAAACUUUAGUGAAUAUAAUUGACCCCGUUGAAUCUAUUCUGAACUCCAGGACAAAGGUUCCCCUUCUCCAUAUCAUUUAUGUGUACCUUAUAAAAUACGCACUGUGUGUAUGCAUUUUUACUACACCUCAUAUAGUGUAUAUCUGUUUACUGUGCUAAUUUCUUUUAAUCUCCUUUAAUAGUGAAAUUGUGGGGGGUUUUUUAAUUUUUUUUUUUGGUUUUUACAGAUACAGAAACCCUGUGUGAGCAAGUUAUCACUGGAACUAAAAUAAGAGAAAUUCACAUGGUUCUCGUGGAUGCAGCUGACUUCGAGUGCUCUCUCUGUAUGAGGUAAGAUUAUCGACAACCAUAGUUCCCAACUUUGACAGUGGAAGGGAGCCCUUGUGGUAUAACUGAAAUUCUUGCAUCAUGGGUGGUUCUGCCCAGAAACCGGGCAUAUCAUGCCCAUAGCACAAGCACGUCUAGUGGUGCUCUCAUUUAGCUGGUCAGGGACCGCGUGUCACUGGAAUCGAGAUGACAGGGACCGAAAUUGGGAUGGCAGGGGAGAACUCCAAAAUCAUGACUGUCCCACCUUUGUCAUUGUUGAAAAGUUUUUCUGUAAUUUCUUUAUUCUUGCAACCAUAAUUUGUUGGGUCAGAGAACGAAUGCAGAGGGGAUUUUCUAGAGAGCGUAACUAGCCGAGUGAAAUGUUAUUUGCUUCCUUUGCUGCAUUUCUUCCAUGGAUGUUCCUUAUGAGGAUUGUCAAGACUUACAGCUGUAGCGAGUGUUGUUAUUCUUUUAUUACGUAAUAAUUUUUAUAUAUAUAUAAUCCAGGAUGCACUCACAGGACUUGGUGAAAAAAUAUAUUCUGAUUUAUUUAAAUCAUGUGCAUAACGCAAAACAAACCAACCAACGUUUCUGCCCCUGCAGGUCUUUUUCAAGGUUAUUGUCACGGUCAAAACAUUUAAAAUAUAUACCCAUACAGUAUUAGUGAACUUACCAAUCCAAUUCAGAGUGAAACCCUCAGCCCGACACCGAAACCCGGAAGUGAGUACGAACCGCCUCCUGACGUCAUCACGUCAGGACGUGAUCACCAUGGAAACCACCUAUGCUCCUAUACAGGAUCGCAGAAAAAUGUGAUCAAGAAUAGUGAUGAGGGCAACAAGAUGGAAGAUCUGUUCUGAGCAAAUAUCGAAUUAAAAGAGUAAAAAUAUCGAAAAAGUACAACCAUGUGCUUAAGAGCCACCUCUAAAUGAAGUGCAUACAUGUGUUAAAGUGAAAGAAAAGUGCAGAUAAACGAGUGAAUGAAAACAGUGAUAUACAAGUACAAAAAAAUGUGCAUAUAGAAGAAUGGUUGGUUUGUUUUGCGUUAUGCACAUGAUUUAAAUAAAUCAGAAUAUAUUUUUUCACCAAGUCCUGUGAGUGCAUCCUGGAUUCUUAUUUUCUUACAUAUUGGACGCACCACGGAUGGCACCCAGGCGGAUGCCUUAGAAUACGAAGAGAGUGCCAAACUAUUUACAUUUUUUAUAUAUAUAUAUAUAUAUAUAUAUAUAUAUAUAUAUAUAUAUAUAUAUAUAUAUAUAUAUAUAUUUUUUUUUAAAUAUAAUGUUCCUUACUAAAAUGUACCACCAGCUUUUGCUUGAGCCUCUGCUUGGUUCCUAUGGAGUUUCAAUGCACUCAGAAGGUUGAACAUGACUUUCUUUUUCUGGCAUCCAUAUAUAUUAACAUAACUGGUCUAAUUUCCAAUUGUUUCUAAACUCGUUUGAGGAAGCAUAUAUUCUGAAAUUUAUAUUAUGAUAAAUUAAGCUUAACCACCAGUAGAUUAUUCUUCUGUCCUCAGUAGACCCAUUUGAAGGAAAUUUGUCAAUAGUUUUAUUAAGAGAAAAUUUAAAAAAGAUGGGACUGCUAGGCAAGGAAGCAGCCAUCUAUAGGAACUGGCCAAGAGUCCUACAGUCCUUUAAAAUGUUCAGGGCAGGUGAAGGGAGAUUAUACAAUUUACAGCUACCCAGCAUUUAUUACUUUCUGUGUAAACCUUUUAUGUCAAAUAAGGAGAGGGGUGUAAAGGAAGAGCAUAGCAUUAAUCUGCCACUGCCAACUACUACUUGAGCAAUUAUAAUGUAAGCCUAUGAAUUGAAGGUACACCAACAUAAUGUAAUAACAGUUGUUUAAAGUUGACUGCUGAAAUCCAAUAUUUUCAUAAAAUGUUAUGUAGACGAUAUUGAGCAGUGACACUGCAGGGAAAUGAUCUAUACACCCAAACGGCUUCAAUAAGCUAAAGUUGUUUUGGUGACUAUAGUUUCCCUUUAAUGAGCUGGCAGAGGUAUAGGCUGAAAUUUCUGGGAUUGAUUCAAAGUAAAAGGUAGAACUGUUCCAGUUGCCAGAAGUCUUUAAAAUACAAAAUUCUGCAUUAAAGGGACACUAUAGUCACCUGAACAACUUUAGCUUAAUGAAGCAGUUUUGGUGUAUAGAACAUGCCCCUGCAGCCUAACUGCUCAAUCCUCUGCCAUUUAGGAGUUAAAUCCCUUUGUUUAUGAACCCUAGUCACACCUCCCUGCAUGUGACUUGCACAGCCUUCCAUAAACACUUCCUGUAAAGAGAGCCCUAUUUGGGCUUUCUUUAUUGCAAGUUCUGUUUAAUUAAGAUUUUCUUAUCCCCUGCUAUGUUAAUAGCUCGCUAGUCCCUACAAGAGCCUCCUGUAUGUGAUUCAAGUUCAAUUUAGAGAUUGAGAUACAAUUAUUUAAGGUAAAUUGCAUCUGUUUGAAAGUGAAACCAGUUUUUUUUUCAUGCAGGCUCUGUCAGUCAUAGCCAGGGGAGGUGUGGCUAGGGCUGCAUAAACAGAAACAAAGGGAUUUAACUCCUAAAUGACAGUGAAUUGAGCAGUGAAAUUGCAGAGGAAUGAUCUAUACACUAAAACUGCUUUAUUUAGCUAAAGUAAUUUAGGUGACUAUAGUGUUUCUUUAAAUAAUGUUCAUUGGAAUCAUGCAAAGAGUUCACAAUAUCAUACCUUUGGAGGAGCGAGUUUACCCAAGCUCAUAACACAUGGGAGUGAACAUUGACUAAUUCACUAUUGUAGUAGUGCGAGAGUCACCUUUUACUGAAAAUACAUGCAAUGGAAGUGUGGGUCAAAAUAUAAAAGUAUAGAGUUACAGUAUAUGCUGUCGCAUGUUGCUGAGCGCUUUAUUUCUCCAUCACGAUAUGAAUUAUCCAUGCAUGCAACAAAUGUAAAGCAUUGUAAUUAUGUUUACUGGAUGUUAUGAAUUUCUCAUGCUGCUUUGGAUUUCCUUAGGCUGUUUUAUGAACCUGUAGCUACCCCAUGUGGACACACUUUCUGCCUCAAAUGCCUUGAGCGAUGCUUGGAUCACAAUCCACAUUGUCCUCUCUGCAAAGAAAACCUGUCACAGGUGAGCUGACAUACCACAGACAGAUCAAUUGAAAACAUGCAGCGAACAUAAAAACAGGAAAAUGUGCCGCCUGUUCUUGUUAUAUAGCAUAGUUACUACUUAGGUAGCACUUAACUUGUUUGAAUAUCAACCCCCAUGUUUUCCAGCUACACAGGUAGUAAAUUAGUAUCCCAUGAUCAUUUAAAUAUUAUAUUCAUAGACUUCAGCAGCAAUCUUGUAAAUGGAAAGAGGUGGAUACAGUUAGGAUGCUCAUUUCAGAGAACCGAAGCAAAUGCUAACAAAAAAUAUCUGUGUUGGAUCUCUGCUCUCAGUGGUCAGUGUUAUAAACUGCUGUUGGUUCAGGCAAGCAAAAUUCAGAACAGGUCACGUGAGAAUCAGAAAGCUCAGGACACGAGGUUAACAGCCCAUAGAGCUUUCACCUGCAGUUUACUACUUGGAAGGUCAUGUAGCUGCUUUGACUUUGAGAAACCUCUGAGAACCUUGCUGUUUAUUAGUCUCAGGUGUGACUGUCACUAGGCGACAGGUGAGCCUGCAGACAGACUUGUAACCUGAUCCUCUGUGCAGACUGUGCUUAUGCUGAACGUGCUAUUUCUAGUCUGUCUGCUAGUACUUUAAAUGCUGACACUAUGGGUCGCUGUGGAACAGACAGGAUCUACAAUCCAAAAUUAACACACUUGCAUUAAUACAAGGUGACAACAUUUAGCUAUUACUGCCCUGCUUACCAAUAAUCUAAAAAUAUUUAACUCUGAUCCAUUUUUCUGGUUCCUAUUCAAAGGGCAACUGAUGCUCUAAAAAAUUGAGGUUUUUUUUAAUAUAAAACAUUUUGAAAGUUAAUAGCUUUUGUUUUGUGUUUUUAUAUAUGAAGUAUAUGUAAAUAUAAAUGAGAAAAAAAAAAUCUUUUUGUAUAUGACAGGAUCAUUCUUCCAUAUACAUGCACCAUGGAUGUUUGAAAAUGUAACGUUUCUAUAGUCUUUCUGCUUCCGUGCAGCAGGGAAGAUUUUGGAGACUGGCUGUCAUUUUUCAAACCCUGUCUGACCUAAGGUGUAUGUAUAUGGCUGAAGGAUCUUGUCAUGAACUAAAGAUAGGGGUGAGUUUUCUGUUGCUUUUGUUGUUGUUGUGUUCUAAAACACAUAAAAAAAGUAGGAAAGGGAUAUCAAAUUAGGUAGAUUUAGGAUUAGUUUAUCCUAGAGUUUGUCUACAAGAGGGGAAGGGUGGUAUGAGUAAAAUGACACAAGUUUGGAAAGGUAGGUGACGAAUGAAGGGGGUUGUGGAGAGAGACUCCUGUACAGAAAGGGGCUAUUUACAAAGUGACCUAAAAGGUAUUGACAGACGGGCAUAAAUUGGGGAGAGGAAGGGGAGGUUGAUGGACACAAGGAGGAGAGGGUAGAAGGGCACCAGUGAGGGAUUUGGGCUAUGGACAGAGGGAUGCAAGAUGAGUAAUCUGUCUCUAGACAGAGGGACUCUGAUAAAAUUGAGUCAGUACAAAGAGACACAAGUAAGGGAGAGAGGUGUAUGGGCAGAGGGGCACAAGUGGGAGGAGGAGGCUGUGGAAAAAGUGAGGAAGGUGUGGUAUAAGCUGAGGGACACAAGUGAGGAAAGGGUGAGAUAUGCAAAGAGAGACUAAUGUGGAAAGCUGGUGUAUGGACAAAGGGAGACAAGUGAGGAGAUGGAAAGAAAAAUGAAUUGUGUGGUAUGGAGAGCUAUACAUAGGGGUAGAUGUCAAGGAGCGCAUCAGUGAGUGGGGGGGUAAACUGCACACAUUUACAUACACACACGCACAUUCUCAAUACUAACAUUCCACAGCCAUCACACACAGGCACUCCUCAUAAAUACACGUCUGCAUUCAAUCAUGGGCAUUCUGCACCCACUGGGCUGAAGGGGUUAAAACCCAUUCAGCCACUUAACCUUACUUUAUUGCUGGGCUCCCUUGGCGCUGGUGACCUCUCCUCCUCCUGCCGACGAAAGCUCCGAAUGCACAUGCGCGGCCAGAGCCGCAUGCGCAUUCAAACCGGCCAUAGGAAAGCAUUAUUUUCACACUGAGAAUCAUGAAAGCGGCCUCUAAUGGCUCUCAAGGAGACAGCCACUAGAGGCUGGAUUAACCCUCAAUGAAAACAUAGCAGUUUCUCUGAAAUGGUCUGGGUGUCUAUUGUAAUACAUAUAUAUAUAUAUAUACACACACAUUUUAGUAGUGUGUAGGACAAAAUAGGUUAAUAUUUAAACAUAUGCUUAUAAAUAAAUAAUUUAUUUAUUGCUUUUAAAAGGCAAUCCCUUAAUAAUAUAUUUUUAUUUUGUUUAGUAUCUGGCAAGCCGAGCUUAUAAAAAAACACAUCUCACUGAAGAAUUGAUAACACGGUAUCUGCCAGAGGACCUUACUGAAAGAAAGAAAUUGCAUGACGAAGAAAUUCAGGAGUUAUCAAAGUAAGAUAUUAUUAAAUGGUCAAACAAAGCUUUUCCUCUAUUUUACAGCAGCAUGUUCAGUUUCAUAAUAUUGUCCUUGUCCAUUUAUAUAAUGUGUUUUGGAUCUCAAAAUGGAAGAGAUCAUCUGAUAUCUAGGUGGAGAUCAUGAUAAACUAUAUAGAGAAAUGUCAGCGUUGCAGAGAGAAGAGCAGAAAUGACUAUGUGAAAUCAUAAUGUAAACCUUUCAAGUAUUCCAGCAUUAAUGUUGCUAAAAACUAUAGAGAACCCAGAGUGACAGGUCAACUGUGCUUAAUGCUUAUUCAUAAGCAAAAUGGCAUGCUGAUCCCAAUGGGGAUUUACCCUAAAUAACGUUCUGCUGACGGCUUGUGUUCUUCUUUUAAAACAGUGUAGUUGGGACUUUAUAUGUCUCACUUAAUAUUAUGGUAUAAUGUUUGAUAUAUGUAACAUAUUCUCUUACACUCACUACAGUUUUUUUUACUAUAUAUAUUGGACCACAGACUUUUAGUUUUGUGCGUGUUUUGGUUUUUUAAUUAUGUUUUGUCUUUUUUUCUUCACAACUAUUGAGCUACUUCUUUCGUGAUGCACAAGUCUACUUCAUCCUGUCUAAGCUAGGGUUAGCUCAAUUUCUUAAUGCAGAGUUACAUAAUGCAAUAAGAUUCAACAACAAGGAAUACCUUGUUUUAAAUGCCAGCUCAUUCAGGUCAAACAAAGAGGAAUUCCAGUCAAAUUCAGAGAUUAGAGUAUCAUCCAACGAUAUCUAUUGUCUGCACGUAUGCAUGCUAAAUAUGUAUACAUCGAUUUAUUGUCUUCCUAUAAUACUUCAUUGUGUUAUCUAGACAUACCUAGUACUUAUUUGAAUUUUUUGUUUUUAUUUUUUUGUUACAUGAACACAGCUUGAAUAAAGAUGUACCUAUAUUUGUAUGUACAAUGGCCUUUCCUACGAUUCCUUGCCCACUUCAUGUGUUUGAACCCCGCUACCGUCUAAUGAUCAGGAGGAGCAUGGAGACUGGUACCAAACAAUUUGGCAUGUGUAUUGCUGAUGAACUAAAAGGGUAUGUAAUACAUUUGUUUGCCCAUUUAAGAUUGUGUUUUAGGUGCAACUCAUUGGGCCUCUGUGACUGUAGUCUUAUGAUAAAAAUAAACAUUUAUCCAAAUUACAUGGAGAUGGUGUUUUUGUACAUUUAAUAUCACUGAAAUGAUAGCACUAAAGCUUUAUGUAUUCAAGGACUACUGUCACUUCAAAAACUGUUGUUGUUUUUUUGGUUUGUUUUUAAGUGACAGUGAAAUCUUUUUUUCAUAAAGUAUUGACAGGAAAUAAUAUAUAUGAAAAAUAUUUAAAAAUAAUAAUUUUAAUAAAAAAAAAAAAAGAGAGACAAACGUAUUCCUACCUUUAGUAUAUAACCGGAUCUAUCAGCCAUAUAAACACACCUUAGGUCAGACAGUGUUUGAAAAUCGACCGUCUCUAUCGUCUCAUAACAAGAUUCUACAGACAAAUUAAAAAAAUAUACAUAAGAUAAUCGUAUAGAGAAAUGUGUGAAGAUUGUGGUGUUGAAUGCACUCACAAGAGCAAUCAAAGAAAACUGCAAAUCAACAGUCAACAAUCAACACUCCAUGGUUGCAUCGUCAUGAAACAUCAGACUUCCAUAACAGAUUGUUGAACGUAAAAAAGAGAGAACAAUGGUGCAGAACGUCAAGUUGAUCAUCUACUUUUUAAUAAAAAUAUAGUACUUACAAAAUGAAGAAGUGAUAAAAGCCCAUCUCCACAAAAAUGGUAUGAUCAUGAAUUAUCUGUUUCUGGUGCAGCAAUCCCGAUGCACUCCCAGGUAUCAACCAGACAAUGUAGUGAUGAAAACUAGUUAUACAGGAAAUCCAUGCAAAACAGAUACAAAGAAAAAAUGCAAAAUAUAAAAACCUCAUCCCCAUGUGUUUUGUCCAUCUUGACACAGACUUUCUCAGGGCAAGACUUCAGUGGUAUUAAUGGGCUGCAGUCUCUGCAGGGCUUUUAAAACCCCAGUGGUACCAAACUGUGACUGCAGAGCCGCAGUUUGUUCUUCCAGUUUUUGGGUCUCUUCGUCAUGCAUUCAACUGGCGUGGAGACGUUGCGUUCCAAGUGUAUGCGUCAUGUAGUAAGAAAGCUUUCACACACCAUAGUUAAGCAUUUCGCCUUGUUCCUAUACUCUGGAACCAUCAAUACUCAAAUGAGGUCUGAAGAAAAAGGGUAGAAACAUAGAAAACUGCCUGAAUUAAAGGAGAGCGGGAUAAAGGUAUAAUACAAAAUACCAAAAUAUACAAAUUAUAGUACCAAAAAGCAAUAAUACUGGUAAAAAUAAAAAUGUUAACAAAAGAGAAAUCAAAAAUGAAAUAAAAAGAAAACAAAAUUGAAAAAAAAAUUAAAUAAAUUAUAAAAAUAAAUAUAAAAAAUAUGACCAAAUGUAUGAAAUGUAAAAAAAAUAGUUUUUUGAAAAAAUUUGAAAGAAAAAAGUUCUGAAAAACAAAACAAAUCAAAAUCUACAUUUAAACCAUGUGGAUGGAGAGUCUGGAUUUUGUGAAUCUAGUAACCCUCUUUUCUCCACAAUUUAUUGAGUAGAUUUCCCCCUCAUUCAUCUACUUUGACCUGUUCAAUACCAGAAAUAUUUGGCUGUGAACAGCAGAGGAACAAUGCACUGUGACAGACAGUUAGUCUCUAUGGUCUUCCAUGCUUCACUCUCUACAGAGAACUAGGGAAGACCUCAGAGACUGUUGGUUUUCUAACACUGUUUGACCCAAGGUGCAUGUAUAUGGCUGAAGGAUCCUGUCAUAUAUACAGGAUGUGUGGGUUUUUUUUUCUCCCCCUCCCCCCUUUUUUCCUUUUUUGCUACACCCCAAAAAAAGGGAAAUGGAGGCAUUUCUCAGCAGUGGUGCUGCCAUAGAGGCCAAAAUUUAUACAAAAUACAGAUUAAGGAAUAACGCGCACACAAAAAUACAGUUUAACAUUCUAAAAAGCUACUUGUAAUCCCCCAUCAAACAAAUAUGUGGAUUGAGUUUUACCAAUAUGCCAUGUAAGCUCACCACUACGCCAUAUUACCCCAAUAUCGGUGGGUCCUACAUUAAUUUUAACACGGGAGACAAAUUAAAAAGUGCUAGUGCUAAAUUGAUUAAAGUGUAUUAGGUAUAGGUGUCAUUAUUAUACUUGCAAAGCUUCAUUCGUUGCCUCUGCAACUCCCAUUGUAAUGGAGGUUUGACUCUGGGCUGCAGUGUGAUCGGACAUCUACACCUAACCUGACUUCUUCCAAAGGGAGGUAAAAUGAAUUUAUGUAAUCUAUUUAUAUUCUCACAUGUAUAAUGCACUCAGGGCUGGCCUUAGGCCUUUGGGCGCCACACAGACACACAGAAACAUAGAAUGUGACGGCAGAUAAGAACCAUUCGACCCAUCUAGUCUGCCCAGACAGCGCCACACACACAGGCAGACAGUCUCUCACACACACAUUCAGACAAUCACACAUAGUUACCUCUGUUCAUUAUGGAGGUGGGAGUAGUGCAGCCCCUGGAUUCUGGUUGUUGGGGGAAGCAGGGACUCCUUCCUGCUUCCCCUGCAGCAGUUACACUGCACUUUUAGCUCCGCCCCGGCCGCACAGUAAGCUCUGCCCCCGGCCAGCCAUGUGUGAGCUGUGUCUGCCUCAGGGUGCCCCCUGGUCCAUGGCACCCUGUGCGGCCAUACAGCUCGUACACCCCUAAGGCCGGCCCUGAAUGCACUUUGUGCAUGUAUGAUAUGUACAUUGUAAUAUGCCUGUCAUACUUGUCCUGAAAUUGUCUCUCAUCAAGCUUUCAUGGUCAUGUUAUUCUAUGGCAUUCCAGGUUUGCAGAUUAUGGCUGUAUGUUACGUGUGAGGGAUGUAAAGUUUUUCCCUGAUGGGCGGUCAGUAGUGGACACAGUUGGAUUGAGUCGAUUUAAAGUCUUGAGCCAUGGACAGAGAGAUGGUUACCAUACUGCAAAUAUAGAAUAUCUGGAAGACAAAAAGGUAACUAAUUCUGAGAGGACUGCUCUUGGUAUCUUAUCUUUUGUGACUAGAGGACCCAUGUUGUAUACCUAAUAAGUUCUAAACCUGCUCGCAAUGAGUCCUCCAUAUAACUAAACGAUCUUUCCCCAUGUACCCUCUUUUUAAAGUUUCAAAAUAAAGGCUAUACACAGGAAAAAAACUUGUAUUUAGAGUGGAGAGAACAAUAUCACAUCUUGGUUGUGCAAUUACAAUUACAACUAGUAAACAUUUUGCCCAUUUGAUGAUUCUUAAGUUGGAAAUUGCUUUACAGCUCUAUGAGCAAUAGGUAAGUCUGUAAUGCUGGACUGAGUCAAGCUUACUAUCAUGGAUUAUCUCCCAUUAGCCUUGGAAGAACUACAGAAGGAGAGUAAAAUAAUUAAACCAUCUUUUAUGAUUAGUUCAUCAAAAGUGCAUCUGAUAUUUCUAGUCCUAAUAUUUCUAUCUGAAGUAUCACACACGAUUGGUACAAGACUUGUAGAAUCCCAGAUACCCCUAGAUAACAUAAAUCAGGUGGCACAUUUACAGAAUCUGACCUCAUUAUGAAUUGUUUUAGUAUUGGCAAUACUUUGGAGUAUUUACAUCUUGUUAGACUUCAUUCCUAUUUCAGGUGUGGCUAAGAACAGUAUUUGAUUUAUAUAUUAAAAGUAUUUUUAUGUGAUUGAGUUGUAUAGGCAGCUAUCAAAAAUUAUUGUACUGCGAAAUUAGAAACCAAUGUUCUAUGCUAUGAACUAAUUUAUUCUACAUUACUCUAUUGUUCCACAGGUUGAAGGACAGGAAUAUGAAGAACUGCUUGCACUGCAUAAUUCUGUGUAUGAUCAGGCCUUGGUAUGGUUCACUUAUCUUAAGGACAACCUAAAAGCACAAAUUCUUAGCCAUUUUGGGCAAAUGCCAAGCAAGGAAUCGGAACUACAGGUUAGCGCUCAAUUUCCAACCCCUGUACUUUAGAGACAGUUCUGCUCCUGUAUUACUGGUGUCCAUCAGAAAAACAUUUUCUUACUUGAACAGUUUAUAGCUUCGAGCAAUCGAGCUGCAAAUGAAAAGUCCUUCAAGUGAAACCUUGUAGAAAUCACAAUGUUUUAUGUUGUUCAUGUAGGAAAAAAAAUGAACAUGUUGCACUUUUGUUUGAGAAAAAUGGACACCAAAAUGCGUUUAGGGAUCAGUUCAUUUGAUGUGCCCCCGUGAUCAAUGUACUUCUGUUUUUUUAAAAUAAGUACUUACUGUUUAAUUUGUGUUCUGGAAAUUCUACCCUGCUGUCUCAUGGAAGCAUCUACUGCAUUUGCCAAAACAAUCUUUCUAACACAAUAAUUCUUUAUAUUCAUUGCUUUUGCUGUAAAGAAACCUUCGUGUAACGGAACAAACACAUCUUUCUCAAGCUUAGCGUGAUGCUCAUACAUUUAAUCUACAAUCUUGCUAAUUAAUCUUUGUUAUGGGUGUCUGCAACUACAGUUGCUUUCUCCUUUAGCAUAUAGAAGGUUGUCAAGUGUCACUGCAGAUACAAAUCUUAAAGGUGCACUCCAGUGUAUUUUUAAUUUGUUUUUAUCCUCAAUUUCUACAUCCCAUAAAUUUUAAAGGCAUCUACUAUCAUGACAUUGACAUUUUAACCAAUCUUGACCUUUGAGUAAAAUUUAUUUUUGGGGGGUUUUAGUUAAUUUAUUUAUUUUUACUACCCAUUUUUAUUUUUUUGUAUGCCUCAUUUGACUGGUCCAUUAAAUGUGAACAUUUCAUUUUGAUUGUGUUUCCUGUACAUAUGAAUUGGAUUUGCUUACUUAUAUACAAUAUGAUUACAAGUGUGUUCAUAUUCAUUUGAUAAAAGGUGGAAACUGCUCUUGCAAGUGAAUGUACACAUCUAGCUAGUCAUCUUAAAAACUGGAAGUGAGGGAAAAAAAGGGAGAGGAGACUUUUUUUAUUUUUUAAAUCUGUAAUAAUGUUAAUUAUUUAUGAUGCAAUGACAUUUGCUUGGAUUAUCUCUGCAAGAUUUGCUGCUGAACACCAGUUUUAAAUGUUGUUGCAUUACACUUUUCUCUUCUAGGCUAAUUCAAGUGGCCCAGCCUGGUGCUGGUGGAUGCUGGCUGUGCUGCCGCUAGAGAACAAAGCACAGCUAACCAUACUGGCCAUGACGUCAUUGAAAGAUCGCCUACUAGCAAUCAGACGUGUCUUAAUGUUCGUUACCCGUAAAAGACCCAGAUGACAUAGGUUUACAAAUGGAGCUUUUUACUUAAACAACAUUCUAUAUUCUUUUUUUGUUUCUCUUUGUUUAUCAAAGACUUUUUUUUUUUUUUUCCUCUGCACUGAAAGAGAACUUUAAGACUUUUUAAGUUAUACUGUUGUUUCUGUGAAAAUGCCAUACAGUGUCCAUGAAUGAGCAACAUUUCUACCUGGUUUAUUUCACCAUGCCUC